AUGGAGAACAGGAUGUAGGAAAAAGGAGACGAGGGAGAGAGGAAGUACAGAGGACAGAGAGAAAGGCUCUUGGUUGGUUGAAACGCGACACUCAUGCAAUGACUGCUGCAUCAACGUCCUUCCUGGCUGAUCAUGUCAGGUCAUGGCUUUGGCUGAUGAUGGGACUCUGAUAUUGAUUGGAGAAAAAGCCUGAUUCAGAGCUGAGGAAGUUGGAGGAGGAUGCCCUCAUUGACUCAGGGCUGGGAGGGCUGGGCCGUAUCCCUGAUGGGGCGUUUUCUUUUAGAUCAGAAAUAUAGGUGAACCAAACCUGCCAAACCAGACUUACAGUAGCUAUCACAAUGGAAAAAUCAAACACACACAGACGCGGUGUCACUUUGUGUGUGAAAUGGGCCCCACACGUGUUCGUAUCUGGGCCUGAAGUGCUUUGUUGUUGAGUCACCCUAUAGCUGAAAUUUCCUCUGAGCAAAAGCAGCACAAUCCAAUCAACACACCAGCACGCCUACUAAUUAAUGUUCUUUCAGUUCAUCAUUAAUUAUCUCCCCCCUUCCCUCCCUCCCAUCCCUCCCUCCCCCUCUCUCUUUCCCUCCCUCCCUCCCUCUCUCUGUAUAUAUUGUAUAUGGUCUUCUCUAAAUAAAGGAAGGUUGUAUUAAUUGAUAAAUUGAUCUAAUUAAGGAGCUAGUGAACACAGAUGUUCUCCUCUUUUCUCCAGGCCUUUGUCAAUAUGGAUUUAAUUAAUUAACAAUUCCCCUCCCCUUGUCGUGCCUCAGCGGACUGUGGGACCAUGGGUGUGUGUGUGUGUGUGUGCGUACGUCAGUGGAGGCUGCUGAGGGGAGGACAGCUCAUAAUAAUGGCUGGAAUGGAGCCUUUGGAAUGGCAUCAAACACAUGGAAACCAUGUGUUUGAUGUAUUUGAUACCAUUCCACUUAUUCCACUCCAGCCAUUACCAUGAGCCCGUCCUCCCCAAUUAAGGUGCCACCAACCUCCUGUGGCGUACGUGUGCUUGUGCGUGUGUGUGGAGAGGAGAGGCUGGGGGAAAGAAAGGAAGAGCUGUGUUUUAUUUCAUCAAACAGUUUAAACCCAUUGGGCAAAAAUUGGUUCAAUCUACGUUGUUUCCACACCAUUCAAAACGAAUGUGGAAAACUGAUUGGAUUUGAAAAAGUCAGCAACUUAAGGGAAUUUUGUCUUUUUUCACCCAACUUUUAACCUAAAUCCAAUGACAUGGAGAAAUGUUUUGUUGAUUUCACUUUGAAUUCAAGUUCAUUGACAACUCAACCAAAAUUAAAUCAAAACUAGACGUUGAAAUGACGUCUGUGCCCAGUGGCAAGUGAGUGUUCCUCUGUGACGUGUCUUAGCCAAAAGCUCUGUCUGACAGGCAGACAGUUUCCUGUCAAGAGUAUUACAUUUGGAGCGGAUGUCAAGAGGAGCUCAGAGGAAUGCAUUUUUAUCAGACAGAGAGAGAGAAAGAGAAGGAGAAGGUUUUUUCUCCUCUUCUUUUCAUGAGAUUAGUGAAAUUUUGUUUCUUAAUCCCGAGGCUUUUUUGCCGAAGCAAGGAGCUUCAGUUUGAUCUUGUGAUAAAGCACAGAUAGAGAUAAGGAAGUAUGAUAGUCCCAUGUAGCUCAGUUGGUAGAGCAUGGCGUUCGCAACGCCAGGGUUGUGGGUUCGAUUCCCACGGGGGGCUAGUAUGAAAAAAUAAAUAAAAAUUAUGCACUCACUAACUGUAAGUCGCUCUGGAUAAGAGCGUCUGCUAAAUGACUAAAAUGUAAAUGUAAUGAUACUCCUCGGUUUAGACGAUAGGGUGAUUAACAACACACAGCAAUGAUGGGAUGUCAUACUUCCCAGAAUGCUUUACUGUCAUUAGUAUUCCCAAUAUAGGCCUACUGUUGGGAGGUAUUGUCUGUCCCAAACUACACUUGCUUUCACACACACAUUUCAUGCACACUUUCUCUUUCACAUACAAAUGUCCCCUCUUUCACAGUGCCAAAGAAAAGCUUAUUCCUCCAGACCUGGAGCAGAACAGCAUCUUAUUUUCUUUUUCUCUCAGCCUGUUAUGUCAGGAGUUAUAUUUCCCAAUGCGUCUUAAGAACUGAGCUGUCAUGGAGUGAGCUGGGAGAGGAUUGCAGUACUCCUAUAGUUCGGAUUAACACUGCUGGAAUCUCUACCGCCAGUAGGGGGGAAGGGCCUGGCUGGGGACUGGGUUGGUUCCUGACUCUCAGUAACUCAGUAGCCAUCACACACCACAGAGAGAAUACUAUACACCAGGUGUGCCCAACCUUCUUUGGCGUGAGAUCCACUUUUUCAUUUGCCAGCCUGAUGAGAUCUACCAGUCUCUAAAUCUAAACCUACCAACAAAAUGUAUGAAACGCAACACACCACUGAGUAUGGACCUGCCGAUAUGAUACCCAAAUAUAAUGUGGACCAAUAACAUGUUUUCCACAAAUAAGUGCAACUAAUUUCAUUUCCUACCUUAGUGUGACUUUUGGCAUUGGGUGGAGGCAAGUCGUUUUUCAUAGUCAGGGCUGUAGCAGCUUGUUGCAAGUCUCAUGCAGGCCAUAAGGUGGUCAUCAGUCAUAGUAGAUCUGUACUUGGACUUUAUGAUCUUCAUGUGAGAAAAUGCAGACUCACAGAGGUAGGCUGAUCCAAAAAGGGCUGAUAAGUUAAGAGCACAUCUUCUUAUGUUGGGAUACUUCUCCUCUAGCAGUAGCUCCCAGAACUCUUCCUUCAUCUCAGUGGUUGCCCUGGAUUUCAGCUGUAUGUCAUUUUGAAGGGUGAGAAUUCAGUUUCUGCUGUAGUUGUGUCCAACUGAAAAAGUGAUCCCAUUUUGGAGGCAAUGACUUCCACAUUUAUGUCUGUGCCAAACGGAAAGGAGAUAUAAGCGGCAAUAGGCUCAAGUGAUGCAAAGUCAGUGAAACAACUGUCAAACUCCGAUAAGAUGCUCUGGACUUGCUCCACUAACGUGCACUGUCACGCUGUGCUGUAUCCUUGCCCUGACGUUCAAGUUCUGAAUGCAUGUGUUGAAAGAAGUGCAGGUCCUUACGUUGCAGCUUUCUUGUGAGCAGUUGUAGUUUGCAUUUAAAAGUGUUCACAGAUAUGAUAAUGUCGAUUACAAGUUCGCCUUUUCCUUGCAGCUUUACAUUCAAUUCAUUAAGCAUGUAAGUUAGGUCAGUGAGAAAAGCUAAAUCCAGGAGCCACUGUGUGUCCUCUAGCUGUGUAUAUUCUGCAUGUUUGGAGACCUUGAGAAACUCCUUGAUUUCAGGCAACAACUCACUGAUUCUCCCUAAAAAUUUACCUCGGCUCAGCCACCGCACAUCCGUGUGCAACAGCAGGUCUGUCUGCUCCGCUUCAGUCUCUUCUAAGUGAGCGCGAAAUAGCCUCCGCUGUAGGCUUCUUGCUCGAAUAGAACACACAAUCUUCAUCGCAACAUCACCUCUUUCAUGUUUAACAUCUUCCCGCACAAAUCUUGCUGAUGAAUUACGCAGUGAUUACUAGGAAAGUCCUGGAAAUAAUCAUCUCGUUUGCACAAUGCAACGAACCCACUAAUGCGGCCUACCAUAGCGGGUGCCCCAUCAGUAGUAAAACGGCAGUUGGAAUUUGUUAGCAAACUCCAUAAAAGCUUGAAAAAUAUCUUCGCCCCUUGUAUGUCCUUUCAGUGGCAAAAUGGCGAGUAGUUCCUCCUUUGUACUCAUGUUGUCAAAUACCAUUCUGAUGAAAAUGCAUAACUGUGCCACAUCUACCAUAUCUGUGGACUCGUCAAACUAGAAGGAAUAACACUCGCAGUUGUCAAUAUCCUUCUUCAGUUGAUCCUCGAGGUUCUCCGCUAUUCCCUCACAUCUUCUUGUCACCAUCUUUCUGGACAACUGAAUGUCAUUGAUGGCAGCCAUAAUUUCAGUCUUAUUCUUAAAAUGUCCAAACAGCGAGUCUGCAGCCUCAAUAAAUGCUUCCUUGAUAAUCUCCCCAUCUUUGAACAACUUUUUAUGCUUAGUAAGAACACAACUCACACGAUAAGAUGCUAUGGUUGCCGCCUUCCCUUUGGUCACUGCCUUGUGAAAAUUGACUGCUGCGCUGCCAGUAGAUGUUUUUGUUCUUGUACCUUUCUUCUUCGUAAUUCAGUUUGUGCUGGAAAAUCGCUUUCCUGGGUUUUGUGUGUGGUUUUAAAAUGUCGUUCUAUGUUACAUUUCUUUGGGAUAGCGAUGCUAUUAUGGCAGAUGAGGCACACACAUUUUGAGUUUGACAUGACGAAAAAAGAAUCCUCCACCCAUUCCCCUUGUGGAAAACGUUUUCAGUUUUUUUUAAUCCUUCCCUUCACUCAUUAUUGCUGCUGUCGACCACACAACUUAAGAACAACUUAAGAACGAAUCUGGCUACAAAGUUAGCUAGCUGGCUACCUGCCUGGCAUCACCGUGACCUUGACUUGGAGUUGGCGGGCGGCAUCUGACCGCGCUAACUAGGCAUACGUCAAUAAGUGGGCAGGGACUGGUCAUAUUUUAUGUAAAUCACGUGACUUUUCAGACAUUGCUGUGAAUGGAGGACUGUCGAACAUUGAAACAGAAAGAGAUUAUAGGCAUUGAUUUGUGUGGCUGAAUUUUAGUAGAUGUAUAAUUAUCUCACGAUCGACUGGCAAGCACUCCGCAAUCGACCAGUAGAUCGCUAUCGACUGGUUGGGCACCCCUGCUAUUCACACACACAUGCACACACACAUACACAAACAUAUGCACAAACACAUACACAAACAUACACACACACAAACACAGGGAACCCUGUGUCCGUACCAGACUAACUGAUCUAGCUCAUAUUUUGAUAGUGGUCUGUGGCUAUUUGUGCAGGCUGUGUAUUCUGUGCUGAUAAUAUUAUUGUCUGCUGCAGUCAGUCGAGAGAGGGAGAGUGUAGCGUAUUUGGGUUAGGGAGGAUAAUCCACUCACCCCUAAAGAGGAUUGGAAAAUCUCACAGGCUUUGAUGAGUUGUGAGCUGGUGUUUAUUUCACAUCACAAGAAGAAGACUGUUUGUGUCACAGCCAGCCAGGGCACUUCCUCCCCUCUCUCCUCCGCCACCCCUCCCACGGAAUGCUGGGUCAUUAUUAUUGUGCCAGAGAGGGAGGGGGUAGGUGGGAGGAGGAGGAAGGGGGAGAGGGAGGGAGGAUGUUUUAGUGAGAAGGUGUUGUUGUUUCUUAGCUAUCUCUAUCCAGAUCACAGGGUUAGUGGAGAUUAUGUGAUUAUUGAAGCGUCUCUCUGUGUCUGUUUGUGACUGUGGAGAACUAGGCAUGGUGUAGUGCUGCUGAGGCAGGCAGGUUGCUCUAAUGAGCCAGCACUAAGCUGAGCCAUGCCAUCCCCUGCAACACAAAUCACACACUGACACACACAGGAGAGGGGAAGGGAGGGGGUCGGGGGGGGGGGGGGGGGGGGCAUAAAAACACAAUUUACACAACGCUACAGUAGGAGGUUUUGUUUGUGUAUUAGAUAGGAGGGCAGACAAAGAAAAACUGUAGUUCGUUCGGAAGAAAAUUAUGCAACAUUUGCUUGUCUUCGCUCAUUGGUUCCUCUCUCUAGGGUCCCCAGCUUCAGGACCACCCUGUCCCUCUGUGACUUGGGGACUGUUGUCUGGGUUCCCUGCUCUGGCUUCAGACUAGAGAGAUUGUGGCCUUAAUUCCUCCAGACAGCCUUUAAUGCUCUAAGCAGCAGUGGAGAUAUGCCUAAAGUGGCUAAAGCAGCACUGUGCCUCUGAUCCCCAGAAGGAAGGGGAUUUGAAUUAAGGGUAUCCAAAGCCCUUAACAAGGCACACACGAGACCAUGACUACAGUGUCGUCUCUGAGGGGAAGACCAUAUUGUACCGUGAGCUUCCACUCACAUAGAUAAUACAUUCUAGUUAUCUUCAAACCACCUGGGAUGCACUGUUCACACACCUUGUGUGAACUUAUUACUUGGAACAUAUUUGGAUAUACAGUACCAUCAGUUUGAUGGUACAGCCUCUACAGCUUCUUUCAUACCCAGCAAGACUGUCUGGUGAUUUUCAGGAUGAAGACAAGCAGACAGACAGGUACACCCACAGACAGAAUGACGGACAGACAGACAGGAAAACAGGGAGACAGACAGGUACACCCACGGACGGACAGGCAGGGAGACUGGUCGACAUAACAAGUAGCCUUGGACAGACCUGAACAAAUGACGUGUGUGUUUUUAUUCAUAGUUAUUCAAAUGGCACCAGGAUUAAAAAGAAAUUGCUGGUCUGGUGGUCUCUAAGAUUUACAUACCUGAAUGGAAUCUUCCCACAUGAAAAAAUACUACAGUUUACUAUAACAUACUACAGUACUUACUAUAUAAUUCUAUAGUAAGUUGUAGUAUACUGUAGAAUACUAUACUACACACUGUAGUAUCCCUCGAUCAUGUGUAGUACUUAGGUCAGAAUCUCUGAACUAUCUGUUCAGACCCCAGUGCGACCGACCGACCGACCGAUUAUGGAAAAUGUGCUCUUUUAGUAUUUAGUUUCCUGAAGGAGAAAGCCUACACUUCUAUGUUUACAUUUACAUUUUAGUCAUUUAGCAGACGCUCUUAUCCAGAGCGACUUACAGUUAUAUCAAAGAUAAUAAAACAAAAACACUAUAGUAAAUACUAAAGUAGUCAGUAUUUUUUCAUGUGUGUUCUUAAUCACUCUCUGAACAGCUCUGUUAAGGUUGUACUGCAGGCUUGCCAUCUGUAGGUGUAUUGCAGUGUCUGCGGCGUGUGUGAGUGUGCGUGCACACGCAUGUGUGCUUGUGCACGUUGUAAAGUUCCUAAUGUCCUGAAGUAAUUAAUUUAGCCCUACUUGAAGCACGUAACGUGCUGGUGUAACAGCAGUCUUUUAUGGCUGAUGUACAUGCAGCUUUAAUUACACAAAUUGAUGUUGAGUGACAUGUGGAAGGCUGAUAAUCCUCUCCACUGAAGUAGGGCUCAGCGCUGUUGACUGAAAUAUUGUUCUUCUAUCCACCACUUCCAACCAGCCUUGCUUAAGCGGUAUAUUGCUGACUCGACACUCUUGAUAGGAUUCAAUAUAUUAACUCUGAAUUAGGAUGAGUUUCCAGCAGAGAGAGAGAGACUGACACACACACGCAUGCACGCAAGCACACACAGGUGCACACACAGCUCCCUCCAUCUGACAGGCUUGUGGAACACAGGUGGAAGUUACUAACCACAAGCCAAGCUCUGACUGGGCCACAAAUCAUGAUCAAUGGGCCUCUGCUUGGCUCCACUGUCUGAAACUCCGCCAUCUUCUUUGAAUGUCAGUCACCACACACUGCCAAAUUGAACCGACUGCUCCCUAAACUCUGUCUGUUAGUCUAGUGUUAGAGCUGACUGGUCACACAGCCUGUUUCUGGGCUCCCAUCACUCAGCGUCAUCUAAUGCUAUUUCCUCUAUUUGUGUCCUCCCAAAUGGGACAUGAGUCUGAUGGCUACCAUUUUAGUUAUUACUUUAUGUCCUCCAUUUUGCCUUAAAUGCAUCCUGUCCUCCAUAUACAGUAAAAAUACCUGCUGCUGUAAUGAGGAUGUAUGUAGAAAUGGAUCCAGUUUGCUGUGUAUGUCUGAGUGUGUUAGUAGAAGCUCUAACUGGGUCUGGGUAUGAUCCAGCCCAUAAAAACACAGUCAAUUAAUGUUUGUUCUUAUAGCUCCACAGAGAGGCAGAGACAGGACAAUGUUGUUUCAGCUUCCGCUAUUGGCGCUUCAACCAAAAGCCUUUAUUAUGGGAAAGAGAGGAAAACACAGAGACAGCUAUUUGCUGUCUAUAUGAAAACACACUCCCCGACAUGCUCUGUUUGUGAGGAUUUAAAUUGUAGGGUUGUGCGUGUGUUUGUGCGUGUGCGUGUGUAUGUGCACGCUGGUGUUUGUGCCUUUUGAGUGACGGGAAAGACGUUACUGGGAAUUUGAGAAUGUGAUUAGUUUCAUGAGGGAGAAUAUGACAUUGAGACCUCUGUGGUGUUUUAUAUUCCUCAUGUCUCCUGUGUUACCUGCUCUCUAUAACCCCUGGAACGUUUGUUUGCUCACAUUUGUAUUCAAUCAUCUGUCAGCCGAUCUUAUCCACAGUGACUCACAGAGCAGCACAAUACAUAAACUGGGUGGUUUGAGCCCUGAAUGCUGAUUCGCUGAAAGCUGUGGUAUAUCAGACCGUAUAUCAUGGGUAUUUUUAAUUACGUUGGUAACCAGUUUAUAAUAGCAAUAAGGCACCUCCGGGGAUUGUGGUAUAUGGCCAAUGUACCACGGCUAAGGGCUGUAUCCAGGCACUCCACGUUGCAUCGUGGAUAAGAACAGCCCUUAGCCAUGAUAUAUUGGCCAUACACCACACCCCCUUGGGCCUUAUUGCUUAAUUAUAAACUGAAUGAACAAAGAAGCCAGAAAGGGUGACAAGACAAGAAUGACAAUAUGACAAUAUCAAUCCAGUUUUUAUUUCAGAAGAACAACCAUUAAAUACAAAUACAAUGAUCAGUGGUCUAUGUAAGCAAAUAUACUACAGUCGUGGUCAAAAGUUUUGAGAAUGGCACAAUAAUUGGUCUUCACAAAGUUUGCUGCUUCAGUGUUAUGAGAUAUUUUUGUUAGAUGUUACUAUGGUAUACUGAAGUAUAAUUACAAGCAUUCCAUAAGUGUCAAAGGCUUUUAUUGACAAUUACAUUACGUUUAUGCAAAGAGUCAAUAUUUGCAGUGUUGACCCUUCUUUUUCAAGACCUCUGCAAUCCGCCCUGGCCUGCUGUCAAUUAACUUCUGGGCCACAUCCUGACUGAUGGCAGCCCAUUCUUGCAUAAUCAAUGCUUGGAGUUUGUCAGAAUUUGUGGGUUUUUGUUUGUCCACCCGUCUCUUGAGGAUCGACCACAAGUUCUCAAUGGGAUUAAGGUCUGGGGAGUUUCCUGGCCAUGGACCCAAAUUGUCGAUAUUUUGUUCCCCGAGCCACUUAGUUAUCACUUUUGCCUUAUGGCAAGGUGCUCCAUCAUGCUGGAAAAGGCAUUGGUCGUCACCAAACUGUUCUUGGAUGGUUGGGAGAAGUUGCUCUCGGAGGAUGUGUUGGUACCAUUCUUUAUUCAUGGCUGUGUUCUUAGGCAAAAUUGUGAGUGAGCCCACUCCCUUGGCUGAGAAGCAACCCCACACAUGAAUGGUCUCAGGAUGCUUUACUGUUGGCAUGACAUAGGACUGAUGGUAGCUCUCACCUUGUCUUCUCCGGACAAGGUGUUUUCCGGAUGCCCUAAACAAUCGGAAAGGGGAUUCAUCAGAGAAAAUGACUUUACCCCAGUCCUCAGCAGUCCAAUCCCUGUACCUUUUGCAGAAUAUCAGUCUGUCCCUGAUGUUUUUCCUGGAGAGAAGUGGCUUCUUUGCUGCCCUUCUUCAGACCAGGCCAUCCUCCAAAAAUCUUUGCCUCACUGUGCGUGCAGAUGGACUCACACCUGCCUGAUGCCAUUCCUGAGCAAGCUCUGCCUGAUGGUGCCCCAAUCCCGCAGCUGAAUCAACUUUAGGAGACGGUCCUGGCGCUUGCUGGACUUUCUUGGGCGCCCUGACGCCUUCGUCACAACAAUUGAACCUCGCUCCUUGAAGUUCUUGAUGAUCCGAUAAAUGGUUGAUUUAGGUGCAAUCUUACUAGCAGCAAUAUAUUUGCCUGUGAAGCCCUUUUUGUGCAAAGCAAUGAUGACGGCAUGUGUUUCCUUGCAGUUAACCAUGGUUAACAGCGGAAGAACAAUGAUUUCAAGCACCACCCUUCUUUUAAAGCUUCCAGUCUGUUAUUCUAACUCAAUCAGCAUGACAGAGUGAUCUCCAGCCUUGUCCUCGUCAACAGUCUCACCUGUGUUAACGAGAGAAUCACUGACAUGAUGGCAGCUGGUCCUUUUGUGGCAGGGCUGAAAUGCAGUGGAAAUGUUUUUUGGGAGAUUAAGUACAUUUUCAUGGCAAAGAGGGACUUUGCAAUUAAUUGCAAUUCAUCUGAUCACUCUUCAUGACAUUCUGGAGUAUAUGCAAAUUGCCAUCAUCAAAACUGAGGCAGCAGACUUUGUGAAAAUUAGUAUUUGUGUCAUUCUCAAAACUUUUGACCACGACUGUAUUAUACACUAGCAGGUUGUGUAUUGGGUGUGUGAUGUUGUUGCUUGAGGAGGAAUCACUUGUCAAGAUGAUGACAUCAGUUGUGAGUUCAAAUAGAUGUCCCCUCUGAGCAGCUUGGAUCAGGAAGUAGAGGUGAGAAGAUGGAUACAUCCAGGGGGUGAUGGGUCAGAGGUCACAUCAUAUUAACCACUGUUCCUGAGAUGGUGGUGACCUUUUACCUUAACCUCUCUGGUUUAAUCCCUGUCCAUAUCCUCUCUAGCUGGACUGGACUAUGUUGUCACUACUGAGCCACUGAGGAUUCAGGAGGAUUCAGGACUGUUGACUAAUAGUCCAUACUUUUCCGUGAUUCAGCGGCUGCCGUGUGUUCACUGCAUCAUCUAUUCAUGACACAUGCUGUAAUUGGUGAUGAGUCAUUAAGAGCAGAAUAAUAGUUCCAUCCAUCACAGGCUCCAUUACACAACGUCCCUGUCUCAGUAUCCCAUUUCAACCUCUUUUUAGGUUUUCUUGUUGGGUUGCUGUUGUUGUUGUUGAUGCGUCACCUCUCUCAGCUGGGUCUAUGGUGUGUGUCUCUGACGGGCCGUCCUUUUCUCCCUGUGCGUAUUUGAAGGUGUAAAGGGGCGUCUCACUAUGGCCUGUCUGCGGACAGGAAGCGGCGUUCCCAGGAGGGUGACUGCACUGACAGCACGUCAGAACUCACCGUCGCCACCCUGCCCGGCGAUGGCCCUGCCUCCGCCGCGGUCGCCCUCCUAUCAGACGAACCCGGCCUCGUCAACCCUGCCUUUGACCCCAGCAUGGAGGACAACAGCCAAUCAGGAAGCACCACAAGCCUGGCAGCCCGCAGCAGUACCAAGAAGAGUGAGUGUGCGUGUGCGUAUGGAUGUGUUUGUGUGUUUGUGAUUAUGUGUGGUGCUGCACCAAGUAACCUUUCUCUGAUCUAUAAAGCACUGUGUGUGUGUGUAUGUGUGUGUGUGUGUGUGUGUUUGUGCGCAUCGCACUGUUUGUCACUGUGACUGAUUGAAAAUCAAUAGAAAGCAAGGAGCCAGCGGAGGCUUUCUAGUCACAGUUUCAUAGUCCCUCACUUACAUAGAUACCACCAGUAAACACUAUUCAUAAAUACAUUUUACACCCUCAUACCCACACACUAGAUAUACAUCCCAUAACCUAUGCACACUUAAACACAGUAUCUGUACUACUUAAUGAUCUUUGAUAGAAAUCUUGUUCUUCAAUUAGCUUUUAUUGCAUCGAUUUUUCACCGAUCUAUAAAAUCUCUGUCCUGGGCUGGAGGGGUGGAGAGACAGAGAAAGAGAGACAGAGAGAGACAGACAGAGAGAGAGACAGACAGAGAGAGAGAGAGAGAGAGAGAGAGAGAGAGAGAGAGAGAGAGAGUUAGAGGCAGGGAGGGAGGGAGGGAGGGAGAAUGUAAAGAGAGGGAGUGAGAAUGGGAGGAAUGAGGGUUAAAUAUAGCCCAGGUCCAUUAAUGCUGAAUGACGUGAUAGCCCCUCACCCUCCACUCAUCCCACCUGUGAACCCUGGAGCCACUCACACGUGUCACACUCACUCACAUCCACCCUCACAACGUGAGUGCGCCACUGGUGGUGGGGCAUCAAAUGACGUUGCAACAGCACUUUUGGCCUGGGCCGCUGAGCGGAGCGGAGCACCCACCGCCAUGCAGAGCCACUGCUGCUGAACAAGCUGUCAGCUCCAGAAGUGCCGGGUGCAUUUAAAGAAUAAUGUGGCUGUCAGGAGGCCUCGCAUCUCCCCUGGCCCGCAGAGGGAGGGAGGGGCGCUGCAGAGGCCCACUGCUCCGCUCUCAGGGCAGCCAGGCUGGGGCUCAUACUCCAUUGCAGCCUGCUCUGCUCUGGUAGACUAUAGUAGGGUCCCACUGGUGUAUUUAAACUGCACCUAGUUUUAGCUGUUGAUGACAUAAACAUGGCUGCUGCAGUUUACAAAGCCCAUCACCCCUGCAGAGUUUCUAGGCCCCCUCCCUCAAGUGUGCAUUUCUGUUCUUUCUUGAAAUAAUGAUAACACAAAUUAGUGUUUUGGGGAAUUCCUGAAAGAUAUUGAUUGGAUUCUCUAAAAUAAAUGUGUUCAAGCUGUUGUUAGGGCUUUUGUAGAGGCAGAGAGAAUGAGAGCUCUCCGGCAUCUGAUUGGCUGUGGAGAAGCAGUCUCAGAGACUUGUCCAGACAUGUUCAGUCAGAACAGAGCUGAUCUAUAAAGUGUGCCCCUGUCUCUCUCUCCCCUCAGUCCGAAACUAUGACCGCACCUCGGUCAGGAGCCGCUCCUUCAGGCGGUUGAAUCGUGCUUUCAGUGUCCUGCGGAGGACCAAGAGUGGCACUUCUGUGUCCAAUGAGACCACAGAGGAACAAGACAAUGUCAGGAACGCCAGUGUGCCACAGGAAGGUAUGUGUGUGUGUGUGUGUUUGUUUGUGUGGGUGUUUGUGUGUUUGCUUUUGUGCACUAUAUGAAAUAUGUGUAUGCUGUGGUUUCCACGUCUAUAUUGAUUUGUCAGUGGGGGUUGUGUUUAAAUCAGUAUGAAGUCAGUGCUCUCUAUGCUGUGUCUGCAGUUUCUGUGAAUCCCCGUAGAGGGUAUGAGAUGUGUGUGUGUGUGUGUUUGUACGUCUGUACUUGUGUGCAUGUAUAUGCGUGUGUCUGUGUGCAUGCCUGUGCUUGCAUGGAUUUUUGUGUCUGUGUUUACGUGAAUGUGUUUGUGUGCGCGUGUGUAUGUGUUUGCGAGAGUGUGUGCCUGUGUUUGUUUGUGUGUAUGUGUGUGCAUGUGUGAGCAGUUCCUUUGGCUCUGUGCUGAGGGUGAUAUGGCUGGGUAACUGCUGCUGCAUAUGUUCCUUUAAUAAUUCAGCUGCACAUUGUGUAAGAGUCCACUGGUCCCCAGAACAGAACAGAAGAGAAGAUGGUGAUCAGAUGGGAGAGUGGCAGCCUGGGGCAUUGUGGGCCAGGCUGAAGGAGAGAGAGUAGGAGCUUCAGGGGACAGGGACAGAGAGCUGCUGGACAGAGUCUGGAGUAUACAGAGUAUACAAAACAUUAAGGACACCUGCUCUUUCAAUGACAUAGACUGACCAGGUGAUUUCAGGUGAAACCUAUGAUCCCUUAUUGAUGUCACCUGUUAAAUCCACUUCAAUUAGUGUAGAUGAAGGGGAGGAGACAGGUUAAAUAAUUAUUUUCAAGCCUUGAGACAUGGAUUGUGUGUGUGCCAUUCACAGGGUGAAUAGGCAAGAUAAAAUAUUUAAGUACCUUUGAACGGGGUAUGAUAGUAAGUUUGUGUCAAGAACUGCAACGCUACUGGGUUUUUCACGCUCAACAGUUUCCCGUGUGUAUCAAGAAUGGUCCACCACCCAUAGGACAUCCAGCCAACUUGACACAACUGUGGGAAGCAUUGGAGUCAACAUGGGCCAGCAUCCCUGUGGAACGCUUUAGACACCUUGUAGAGACCAUGCCCUGACGUUAUAUAGGAUGAGCCAUGACUAAAAUAUAGUUUAUACAGUUGAAGUCGGAAGUUUACAUACACCUUAGCCAAAUACAUUUUUCACAAUUCCUGACAUUUAAUCCUAGUAAAAAUUCCCUGUCUUAGGUCAGUUAGGAUCACCUCUUUAUUUUAAGAAUGUGAAGUGUCAGAAUAAUAGUAGAGAGAAUUAUUUAUUUCAGCUUUUAUUUAUUUAAUCACAUUCCCAGAGGGUCAGAAGUUUACAUACUCUCAAUUAUUAUUUGGUAGCAUUGCCUUUAAAUAAAUUGGGUGAAUUUUGGCCCAUUCCUUCUGACAGAGCUGGUGUAACUGAGUCAGGUUUGUAGACCUCCUUGCUCGCACACGCUUUUUCAGUUCUGCCCACAAAUCUUCUAUAGGCUUGAGGUCAGGGCUUUGUGAUGGCCACUCCAAUACCUUGACUUUGUUGUCCUUAAGCCAUUUUGCCACAACUUUGGAAGUAUGCUUGGGGUCAUUGACCAUUUGGAAGACGCAUUAGCGACCAAGCUUUAACUACCUGACUGAUUUCUUGAGAUGUUGCUUCAAUAUAUCCACAUAAUUUUCCUUCCUCAUGAUGCCAUCUAUUUUGUGAAGUGCACCAGUCCCUCCUACAGCAAAGCACUCCCACAGCAUGAUGCUGCCACCCCCGUGCUUCACGGUUGGGAUGGUGUUCUUCGGCUUGCAAGCAGCCCCUUUUUUCCUCCAAACAUAACAAUGGUCAUUAUGGCCAAUCAGUUCUAUUUUUGUUUCAGACCAGAGGAUAUUUCUCCAAAAAGUACGAUCUUUGUCCCCAUGUGCAGUUGCCAAACCGUAGUCUGGCUUUUUUAUGGCGGUUUUGGAGCAGUGGCUUCUCCCUUGCUGAGCGGCCUUUCAGGUUAUGUCAAUAUAGGACUCGUUUUACUGUGGAUAUAGAUACUUUUGUACCUGUUUCCUCCAGCAUCUUCACAAGAUCCUUUGCUGUUGUUCUAGGAUUGAUUUGCACUUUUCGCACCAAAGUACGUUCAUCUCUAGGAGACAGAACACAUCUCCUUCCUGAGCGGUAUGACGGCUGCGUGGUCCCAUGGUGUUUAUACUUGCGUACUAUUGUUUGUACAGAUGAACGUGGUACCUUCAGGCAUUUGGAAAUUGCUCCCAAGGAUGAACAAUUUAUUUUCUGAGGUCUUGGCUGAUUUCUUUUGAUUUUCCCAUGAUGUCAAGCAAAGAGGCACUGAGUUUGAAGGUAGGCCUUGAAAUACAUCCACAGGUACACCUCCAAUUGACUCAAAUUAUGUCAAUUAGCCUAUCAGAAGCUUCUAAAGCCAUGACAUCAUUUUCUGGAAUUUUACAAGCUGUUUAAAGGCACAGUCAACUUAGUGUAUGUAAACUUCUGACCCACUGAAAUUGUGAUACAGUGAAUUAUAAGUUAAAUAAUCUGUCUGUAAACAAUUGUUGGAAAAAUUACUUGUGCCAUGCACAAAGUAGAUGUCCUAACCGACUUGCCAAAACUAUAAUUUGUUAACAAGAAAUUUGUGGAGUGGUUGAAAAAUGAGUUUUAAUGACUCCAACCUAAGUGUAUGUAAAUUUCUGACUUCAACUGUACAUAUAAAGUGGGAAAAACAGUUUGUAAACCUGAUUAAAUUAUUUUAAGGUGGUCUUCAAUUUUUUAUUUUAUUUUAACACUCCAUUUAAAAACCCUUAAAAUCCCAAUUCGUUUAUGUACAUAGGGCAGCAGUCUCUAAAGUGCAGGGCAGGGUACCGGGUGGAGGCCAGCUAGUGAUGACUCUUUAACAGUCUGAUGACCUGGAGAUAGAAGCUGUUUAUCAGUCUGUCGGUCCCAGCUUUAUUUGUUUAUUUGGAUCCCCAUUAGCUUUUGCAGAAGCAGCAGCUAUUCUUCCUGGGGUCCACAAAAAACAUGACAAGUAACAAAACACUGAUACCCUAAUAGACAAGGACAGUCACACAAAUGUAAAAUACAAUGAUAUACAAACAAUAACUAAAACAUUGUGUGUGUGUGUUAGAGUGUGUCUGUGUGUUUAUGUGUUUGUGUGUGUGUCCCCUCACAGUCCUCGCUGUUCCAUGAGCUUUGAUGCACCUGUACUGUCCGCCUUCUAGAUGGUAGCAGGGUGAACAGGCCGUGGCUCGGGUGGCUGGGGUCCUUGAUGAUCUUCUUGGCCUUCCUGUGACACCGGGUGCUGUAAAUAUCCUGGAAGGCUGUAAAUAUCCCAGCGAUGCAUAGGGCUGACCGCACCACCCUCUGGAGAGCCCUGCAGUUGUGGGUGGUGCAGUUGCCAUACCAGGCGGUGAUACAGCCCGACAGAAUGCUCUCGAUGGUGCAUCUGUAGAAGUUUGUGAGGGUCUUAGGGGCCAAGGCGGAUUUCUUCAGCCUCCUGAGGUUGAAGAGGCGCUGUUGCACCUUCUUCACCACACUGUCAGUGUGGAGGGACCAUUUCAGGUCCUCUGUGAUUUGCAUACCGAGGAACUUUACCUUUUGACCCUCUCCACUGUGGCCCGGCGAUGUGGAUGGGGGCGUGCUCUCUCUGCUGUCUCCUGUAGUCCACGAUCAGCUCCUUCGUUUUGUUGACAUUGAAGGAGAGGUUAUUUUUCCUGGCACCACUCCACCAGGGCUCUCACCUCCUUCCUGUAGGAUGUCUCAAAUGAACCUGAUUUCUACGUCUGGAAAAUACGUAUUUUUCUACGUCUGGAAAAUACGUAUUUUCAACGUCCGGAAAUUUCUUUUUAAAUGUCAGGAAAAUACGUUUUCAUCUUUCAUAUAUAACCUAAAAUGAACAUCUGGAAAAAACGUUUUCUUUACCCCCUUUUUGAUCUUGUCUCAUAACUGCAACUCCCAACUGGCAAAGGUCAAGUCAUGCAUCCUCCGAAACAUGACCCACCUAACCACACUUCUCAACACCCACCCACUUAACCCACAAGCCAGCUGCACCAAUGUGUAAGAGGAAACACCAUUCAACCUAUGACUGUAGUCAGCCUGCAUGCACCCAGCCCACCCCAAGGAGUCGCUAGAGCACAACAAGCCAAGUAAAGCCCCCUGGCCAAACUCUCCCCUAACCUGGACGAUGCUGGGCCAAUUGUGCACCGCCCUAUGGGACUCCCAAUCACGGCCAGUUGUGAUACAGCCCAGGAUCGAACCCGGGUCUGUAGUGACGCCUUUACAUUUUAAAUUUACGUCAUUUAGCAGACGCUCUUAUCCAGAGCAACUUACAGUUAGUGAAUACAUAUUUUUUUAUACUGGCCCCCCGUGGGAAUCGAACCCACAACCCUGGCGUUGCAAACGCCAUGCUCUAUCAACUGAGCUACAUCCCUGCCGGCCAUUCCCUCCCCUACCCUGGACGAUGCUGGGCCAAUUGUGCGCCGCCCAUGAGUCUCCCGGAUCGCGGCCAGCUGCGACAGAGCCUGGAUUCGAACCAGGAUCUCUAGUGGCACAGUUAGCACUACGAUGCAGUGCCUUUCCGGAGGCCCGGAAAAUACGUAUUUUAAAGUAUUCUAGGUUUUGGGGGGGGGCAAUGUUUUUGUCUUGCCUAGGGCGGCAGAACGGCCAGGAUCGGGCCUGUGUAGAGGGAUACAUUGUGUAUUACAGAGGCAUACAGAAUCCAUUUCAGAUGGAUGCAGUAUACAGGACGACCCUGGUGAAUGAGAGGGAUGGACAUGAAGAGUAGAGUGAAGUGAAGGAUGAGCCGUGAUGUUCAUGAUGGUGAUGAUGAGGACAACCAUUGGACUGUGAGUCAGAGAGAGAGAGAGAGAGAGAGAGAGAGAGAGAGAGAGAGAGAGAGAGAGUGGAGAAUGAAAGAUCAGAGACCAUAUUAUUCUCUAAGGCCAUUGUUGAGGAGCCUGUGGGAAUAGAUUAAAUAUUCAUAGAAUCCCUCUGGAGAAAGAAGAAGGAUGAGAGAGAGAGGGUGGAGAGAGGAGAGAGAGAGAGGAGAGGGAUGGGAGGAGUGAAGAGAGGAGAAGAUGAGUAGAGAGAGAUGAGAGAUUAGUAGAAGAGAGAGGGGAUGGAGGUAAUCGAUACUUUUACCUCUCUUUUUUGGCACUCAUUUCGCUCAGCUUUCCUUCUUCUUCUCUCUCGCUGUUUUCUUUCUUUAUUUCGAGUCGGUCCGGUCUUUUUUGGAGGUCUGCUUUAGGCCUCUGUGGUUUCAGGUGGUGAUGGGGGCGCCUGUUUGGGGUGUCUUGCGCGGUGUAGGGCUUUCCGUCGGGUUAGGGGGUUUGAGGCUUGGUUCGGUGGGGUGCUCGCGGUGGAAAGGGGCUCGGGGGGGCGCUCGGUCUUCUGCGUUGGUUUCUUGUCUCGACCUUCUUCUUUUGUCAUGUUUUUUCUGAUGUUUGGAGAUGAGGGGGUUGGAAGAGAGACUUGGAUUGAGAUGAGUUGCAGAGAGAGGGUCCUGAUCGAGCGAGAGAUGAGAGGAGCCUAGUCUCUUCGCUCCUUCUGCCUCCUCUCUCCGCUGUCGAGUCGGAGAGGUUUAUAUCAGCCAUUAGGUCUGUUGUGUUAAUGUGCUCUACUCCCUUGAAGCAAUCUGCGGUGAUGAAGAGAAAAUAUUGACUUUGGAAGGGAUAAACUGCAGUGUGAGUAGAAGUAGAGACUGGGGCUAUGGAACAAAUUAGAUAGGGGGAGAGAGUGGGCCAGAGAGAGAGAAAGAUCGAGAGAUUGAGCAGGGAGGGAGAGAUUGAGAGAUAGAACCACUGAUAGAUACAGAGCGAUAUAGAUAGUGUAUAUAGCACACAUUGUCCGAGGUAGCUGUGAGCUGGUUAGCUCUUGGCCCAGGCUGUUGGCAGUAUUGAACGGACACAUACCAGUCCCUGCCUCCCCUAUCUAAUUGUCCAGUCAGGAUGUGUCUGCUGCUCAGAGCUGGGAAACAGAGAGGACAACAUACAGGAACAACUCUGUGUGGGAGAGGCUGAAGUUAGACCAUCCAUUUGGUGACAAUGGUAUUACUUUCACUCUUACACCUGAAAGCUGACACUGUGUGUUUGUGUGUGCGUGCAUGUGUGCAUAUGUAUAUGUGUGUGUACAGUAUGUGGUUGUGUAUUUGUGAGAACUUUAGAUCUAAUGUCUGUGUCUGUACAGUCCUGUGUGUAAAAGUGUGUGUGAUUUUAUAUCCACCCAAGCUAUUGCUUAUUAAGGUUAUUACCUUGUAGAAAAUGAAAUGUGAGGGUUUUCCCAAGCAUACUUGGUACAGAUGUGACUAAUGAUACAAACAUGGGAAAGGAUGAUCAGCUAAGUGGAUUUUCCCUUUAGGCUUGUAGAAGCUUGUUUUGCUAACCUGGGGGAGCCGAGACAGCUGCUUCAACACCAAACCUCUCUACACUCCCUCCCUCCCUCCCUCCCCCCCUCCCUCCCUCCGUCCGUCUGUCUGUCUGUCUGUCUGUCUGUCUGUCUGUCUGUCUGUCUGUCUGUCUAUCUAUCUAUCUCUCUCUUUCUCUGUUGGCCUUGCACUCUGUGUCUGUGAGAGAUUUCCUUCUCAUCAUAUAAAUCAGAGUAUCACACUCUUUCUCUCUCCCUCCCUAAUUUUCUCUCUAUCUCUCUUUCUCUCUCUCUAUUUACCUCCUUCCCCUCUCUCAGUGCUGGCUCUACCGCAGCUCCAUCACUUGAUCCCUGAUGGUGAGGUCACCAGUAUUAAGAUCAACCGUGAGCCCUCUGAGCCUUUGGCCAUCAGCAUCGUGGGGGGCAACGAGACCCCCCUGGUGCGUAUCCUCAUCCAGGACAUCUACAGGGAGGGGGUUAUCGCCCGGGAUGGACGCCUGCUGCCUGGGGACAUUAUCCUCAAGGUCAGUGUGUGUUUUUCUUCAGAGUAAGGUUGAGUACUACUCCCCAUGUCUGUGACUGUAUGUAUUCUGUUUUGUGUUAGAAUUGCUCAUUACAUCACAGCUAUAGACCUAACAUAUUCCAAAAUGCUAUAAAUACAUUUUCAGAAAUGUUGGUAAAUUACCUUUUAUUGUUUAAAGAAAUUAUGAAAGAGAUUGGAGUGUUUUUUCACUAUCUAAUCAUGGCAUGGGGUUGUUCAGUGACAUGUAUUUGUUUAAAAUCUAUCACUUGAUGGUUUUGUUUCAGAGAGACAACUAAUCAUGUUUGUUUGCUAUAUAUCCGCCUCACUCUCAGAGAAAGAAGUAGUACUGCUAGGUUUUACACAGUCAAAUGUAGCAAAUAACUACAUUUUUGAUAAAGAAAUGUACAAAUAAUACAUUUGUGACAUCAAUAUUUAAAAAAGUUUUAAAAACAUUUUCAAUAUAGUAAUAUGAGAUCUGUAGUGAGACAAACUCAUUUCAAAUAUACAGGAUACGAACACUCUAUUCCAGCUAAACAAUGGAUAUAUAGCGUUUUUCAAUUUUAAAUAUUCAUACACAUCUAAAAUCUAUGAAUUAAAAAUCUGAGAACAGCAAUAUUUGACAUAGCCAUAAGCAAUCAUUUCGGAUGAAAAAACACAAAUGUGAACAAUUUGUGGAUAUAAUGUUUUGGAAAUAAACUCUUCAAUAUAACCUGCAUAUAAUCUGAGACUUAAAUCCACCUUUACAUCUCUCCCGCUCAUCUUCAGGUGAAAUGGCAUAGACAUCAGCAAUGUGCCCCACUGCUACGCCCUGGCCACCCUCAAACAGCCCUGCCAGCUGCUGCGACUCACAGUGCUGAGAGAGCAGCGCCACCGCUACCGUUCGCACCCCCACAAUGCGGCUGGUGGCUACCUGCCUCACGGCCUCUCCCACGGCCAUCCCCUGAGGGAUGACAGCAUCCACGUGGUCCUGGCUAAGAGCACCCCAGAGGAGCAGCUGGGCAUCAAGCUGGUGAGACGACCAGAGGAACAUGGAGUCUUCAUCUUCCACCUGCUGGAGGGCGGCCUUGGCGGCACACGACGGACAGCUCAGCAUUAACGACCGUGUCCUCGCAAUCAACGGACACGACCUGCGCUAUGGAGCGCCUGAACACGCCGCUUUACUCAUACAGGUCAGUCUGCAGGGGUAAGGGUUAGGGAGUGUUGGUUGGUUUUGGUUUACAAUGGUUGGUAAUGGUGUGUGUCUGGUAAUGUGCCUGGUAUGUUUCUUGGCUCUGGGUUCCUGGUAUAGUAUCGCUAUUAGUGGUGUGUGGUUCUGGUAAAUUGCACUGUGUUGGCUGGCUUUGUCCCCGUCCAUUGCGGUUAAUUGUGGUUAAUUGUGGUGUAUCUGUGGUCGACUGGGCGCUGCUCUGCUGCUUGGCUGAGGCUCUGCUUCCUGGUGAAUGCUGGGUAAUUGCGGUGGUGUGUUUCUGGUUGACUGUGGGAUGUAGCUGUAGCUGUGCUCUCUGGGUUCUUAUCUGAGGAGACUGGCUGGUUCUUGAGGGUCUCUGAGGACUCAACAUGGCUGCUCACAUCAGGCUGUUUCUGUCAGAGAUUAAGAACUGGCGGGAAACCAAUUAAAUUAGUCCAAUUAAGGCAAUUACAAGCUGGACUGGGUGAUUUAGGAGUCAGCUUUGCUCCACAGAGAGCACAGGCACUCUCAAAAGAGCAACUCUGGAGGCCGAGCUGUGUGUGUGUGUGUCUGUGUGUGUACACUUGAAUGUGCAAUAUGCGUGUGUGUGUGCAUGUGCCUGUGAGUGUGUGCAAGUUCAUGCGAGUGAAUGAGGGAGUGAGUGAGUCAUUGUGUGAGUGGGUCGACAAAACAGAGUAAUAAAGAGACAGAGUGAAAGAAGCUGGAGGAAAGGUUGUAGAGAGGAGAGACAGAGAUUAGUAAGAAAAAUGAGUUUAAAGUUGGAAAAGUCAUUGUGAGAGAAUGAGGGCUGCAGAAAGACUGCAGUGUUAUUAGAGACAGAAGAGAAAAUGACCUUUCUCUACUAUUCUUCAUAUUGUGAAGCUGACUACCAAUCUAUGAUCUAUGGAGCAGCUCUGUCUCAGCAGGAUGGGGGGGUAAUGGGAGGAUAAGAGUGUCACACACACCAUCCUACACAGAUUCACUCACAUAUAGAUUGCUUACUCCUGGAGGAUGUUAGAGUCACAACCAGGCUGCUUCCUGAAGCAAGUAAAAGGGUGAAAUUGACGUGUGUGUGAGUGAGAGUGUUUUGUAACAGAGCAUCUGUUUAUUAUGUGUAUUAACCUCUCGGGGGUAAUAAAAUGUUUGACAUAUUUUACUGCCUGGCCAAGCUCUCUGUGGGUGAUUCUUUCCCUAGAGCUCUCUUCAGGGGGUGGUAGGAGAGGGUAGAGAAUGUCCACAGGAAAUAGAACCCUCUGUGGAAAGGGUUCUACAUAGAAUUCUUCGAAGGGAUCUCUUAUGGGGACAGCCGAAGAACCCUUUUAGGUAGCACCUUUUUAAUUUUUUUUUAUAAGAGUGUAGUUUCUGUGUCUGGGUCUAGUUAUGUGGCAGUAAAAGUUGUUUUUAAGGACUUGUUUGGAUAUCUGGAUCAACUUAAUUGAAGCUGUAUUCAGUGUGUAUUUAUGAGGGCUUAACCAUGAUAUUAUUAUUGAGUUUGUUCUUCUUAUUGCAUUGCUCUGUGUCUGUCUGGGACUGAGCUUUGUCCCCUGUAGCUCAGUUGGUAGAGCAUGGCGCUUGCAAUGCCAGGGUUGUGGGUUCGUUUCCCACGGGGGGCCAGUAUGAAAAUGUAUGCACUCACUAACUGUAAGUCGCUCUGGAUAAGAGCGUUUGCUAAAUUACUAAAAUGACUAAAAUGUAAAUGUCUCUGGUUGUCUCCUGUAGGCGAGUGAGGAGCGGGUCCACUUCAUUGUUUCUCGUCAGAUCUGUCUGCCCACCCCUGACAUCCUGCAGGAGGCUCCAUGGGGCAUGGAAGGCCCCCCGCCAUACUCUCCAGUGGACCUAGAACACACGCUACUGGUGAGCAAUGCAUGACGCAUGUACGAGCAUACAAACACAAAAACGUCAGACACUGCUUUGAUUUAGGAUUUUUUCUUCAGGUUGGACACACACGUUCACAUACUUAGGGCUCUAUUCAACGUCAGCGUUACAGCGUCAUUGAAAUUUAAAGGCAAUGUUCCCGCUUUAGCGGAGACUGUAUUCACGGUAAACGCUGCAUCUGUCGGCUCAAUCGGAAAUUACCUUUACAUUUCUAUUACGCGAUCUGUAACGCUUCAGCGACACAGAUUGAAUAGAGUCCUUGUACACACACCAAUUAUUUUUUUUAAGACUUUGUUUUCCUGCCUCUUCUUCUCAUGCUAAAUAUUCAAUUUUAUGUGAAAAUGAUCCUGAGCCGUAUUAUUCCUCCAUCAAAGAGGAGUGUGUCAUCCCUGGCUGUGCCAGUGUUCCGCUCCUCUCAGAGAGCCAAAUGUGCGUCCGGAGCAGCCGUCACUCUAUUUCUUUCUCUCUCUAUUAUCCCUGAAGAAAACAUUGCCACCACCCUACAGGAUUUACACCCCCUCCACCGCCACGCUAAAACAGGAUUUUCUCCAGCUCGUUAUUGGAGCUGACAACUUCCCUUGUUCUAAUAAUGAUUAACUUCACAGCUCUCACCUCGCUUUCUAGAUUUUAAGUUCUAAUUCUCACAGAUACAUUGUUAAAAGUAGAGAAUGUGUGACGGCGGAAUCUUACUGUAUUCUUCAGAUAAAGACCUUGGCAUCAAAGCUAGUAGAGAGAGAAUGAGACUGUAAUAAAAAGAACCCUGCAGCGAUAGCAGGCAGGAACAAUAACAAUGUAUUACUGUUCUGAGAUAAGCCAAGCCACCACCAGCAGGACUAUAGAUCAUAUUCAGACUAACUCUAACCAGGCCUUUAUAUUGUGUUUUAAUAUUGAAACACAAUAAUGAAGUUGGCUCCUACUGGAUGUGUGUGUGUUGUAGGGAGGCCAAGCCGAGGAAGGAGCUCUAGGGCCGUCAGCAAUCCUAGCUUUACUGGAAGAAAAACAGGACCGUACACUCCUUUAAUUUGAACAUUUAAAUGAUUCACAGAGAUUUAAAUGUUACAAUUACAGAUACAGAAACAGACAUACGCACUCGCGCACACACACACUCUUACAUCAUACACCCAUUUACCCCAUGCACACACAUACACCACUGUGUGCAGUACUGGUCAUUGCUUGUGACAGCUGUGGUUAGUGUAGUGUCCUGGGGAAGUCAUGGCAUGUGACUGAGGGUUAGAAAUGUGUGAGUGCAGCACAUUUGAGAAACAGCACAGGCCACAUCACAUCAACCCCAAUGUGUCCAUGUUUUACUCACACUACUCUACUCUCUCUGACUCACACACUACACGGUCACAUACACACUUUCUACAGUACAGAUGUCGGAUCUUCAUUUGAUCACUGUUUUGUCGCAGAAAAAUGUCCUGCGCAUUAUGAAAUUCGAAUGAGCCUUGUGAUUUAGACACCUUCACUGAAAACCUACAGUUCUCUUUCUCUCUAUGCGGGGGCAGUCGAGUCAUUUGGACCAGUGCCAGCUAUCAAUAUCAUCCAAUCUCUCUCUCGCGCACAAAUGCUAAAAGCACCAGACAGAAUAUUAAGAAUUGUCCUACUGUUACUGUAGGCCUAUAGGUCUUAUUACUGUACUAUUCAAAUGUACAAAAAUGUAUCUGAAAUGCAUCCGUACACAUCAACAACCCUUGUUUUAUAUAGCUUAAUAACACAAGAUAGAUAUUGGCCUCCGCUACGACAAGUGUCAAGUGUAUCCAAAAUGAGGCCUAUCAAAACAUUAGUUUCCAUUCAUACAGUGUUAGGUAAAUUGCCACAGUAGAUUUGCCAUGGUAAACGAGGAAAUACUUUAUUUCUAUGGUACAGAAUGCUUGUCAAAUAGAUAAAUCGCCCUUAGUCUGUUCAAAAAGUUGUUCUGAUGAUAAGACGAACCAGAGGCCGAACAUAUCUUGAAAGACUUUGGUUGCAAGCAGGAAUAAAGUAACACGGACAUCAUCUUUUAGAAAGGGGUAAUGAGGUUGCAAAUGAGUUCAGCUGUGCAGGUGAAUUCAGCACGUGUUGAUGGUUUAAUGAGACAUCAUCUGGCGAUAAUCUAGUGCCAUCGAUGGUUGCAAUAGGCCCCUUGUAAUUUGAUUAAUGCUGCUUUCACGUGCUAGUCGGAACUAGGAAACUCUGAAAUGUUCGACUUGCUAACUGUUUAAAUGCGGCAGGUGUAUAACUACAACCAGUUAGCAAGUCUGACAUUUCUGAGUUUCCUAGUUUCGACUAGCAUGUGAAGGUGGCUUAUAUUCCAAUACUUUCUGUAGAAUAUUAAAGCUGAUCUAGUCACAUAAUGAAAGGUGUGAAAACCAAUAAUAGGCUACCGUUUGUGUUUCCCUGGCUGAGUUGAUGAGCUGAUUUGGGCCAUCAGCUGAUUUACAGAUGUAGGCCUACUGUAAAACAAUCAACUUUCCUCCAGUGUGGAUGCCCGCCCACUUUUUAUAGUUAGGCUAUGUAUACUGAAUAAAAAUAUAAACGCAACAUAAAGUAAAGUGUAAAGUGUUGGUCCCAUGUUUCAUGAGCUAAACUAAAAGAUGCCUGAAAUUUUCCAUACACACAAAAAGCUUAUUUCUCUCAUUUUUUUGGCACAAAUGUGUUUACAUCCCUGUUAGUGAGCAUUUGGUCCUUUGCUAAAAUAAUCCAUCCUCCUGACAGGUGUGGCAUAUCAAGAAGCUGAUUAAACAGCAUGAUCAUUACACAGGUCCACCUUGUGCUGGGGACAGUAAAAGGCCACUCUAAAAUGUGCAGUUUUGUCACACAACACAAUGCCACAGAUGUCUCAAGUUUUGAGGGAGCAUGCAAUUGACAUGCUGACUGCAGGAAUGUCCACCAGAGCUGUUGCCAGAGAAUUGAAUGUUCAUUUCUCUACCAUGACGUUGUUUUAGAGAAUUUGGCAGUAUGUCUAAUCGGCCUCACCACCGCAGACCACGUGUAACUUCGCCAGCCCAGGACCUCCACAUCCGGCUUCUUCACCUGCGGGAUCGUCUGGGGUGGAGGGGGGUGCUGAGGAGUAUUUCUGUCUGUAAUAAAGCCCUUUUGUGGGGAAAAACUCAUUCUGAUUGGCUGGGCCUGGCUCCUCAGUGGGUGGGCCUGGCUGCCAAGUGGGUGGGCCUAUGCCCUCCAAGGCCCACCCAUGGCUGCACCCCUGCCCAGUCGUGAAAUCCAUAGAUUAGGGCCUAAUGAAUUUAUUUAAUUUGACUGAUUUCCUUAUAUGAAUUGUAACUCAGUAAAAUCUUAGAAAUUGUUGCAUGUUGUGUUUAUAUUUUUGUUCAGUAUAUCUGCAAUAUUAAAGCUGAUCUACCCCCUUCAAACACCGCUUUCAGCUGCCCCCUGGCUGCGAUUUUAAAUAUGUCUUAAUUUCCUCCUGCGAUGAAAUGGGUCAAAUUAAGAUCCGACAUCUGUACAUACACUCUCUCACUUCCACAAACCACAACUAUUCCAAAUCAUCCUGAACAUCACACACUGUACUCAGUCUUACACACUAAACUUCCCUCUUAAAAAUUCCCACCUCAACACGGGGGCCCCUCAGGGGUGCGUGCUCAGUCCCCUCCUGUACUCCCUGUUCACCCAUGACUGCAUGGCCAGGCACGACUCCAACACCAUCAUUAAGUUUGCAGACAACACAACAGUGGUAGGCCUGAUCACCGACAACGAUGAGACAGCCUAUAGGAAGGAUGUCAGAGACCUGGCCGUGUGGUGCCAGGAUAACAACCUCUCCCUCAACGUGACCAAGACAAAGGAGAUGAUUGUGGACUACAGGAAAAAAAAGAGGACUGAGCACGCCCCCAUUCUCAUCGACGGGUCUGUAGUGGAACAGGUUGAGAGCUUUAAGUUCCUUGGUGUCCACAUCACCAACGCACUAUCAUGGUCCAAACACACUAAGACAGUCAUGAAGAGGGCACGACAAAGCCUAUUCCCCCACAGGAGACUGAAAAGAUUUGGCAUGGGUCCUCAGAUCCUCAAAAAGUUAUACAGCUGCACCAUCGAGAGCAUCCUGACUGGUUGCAUCACCGCCUGGUAUGGCAACUGCUCGGCCUCCGACCGCAAGGCACUACAGAGGGUAGUGCGUAGGGCCCAGUAUAUCACUGGGGCCAAGCUUCCUGCCAUCCAGGACCUCUAUACCAGGCAGUGUCAGAGGAAGGCCCUCAAAAUUGUCAAAGACUCCAGCCACCCUAGUCAUAGACUGUUCUCUCUGCUAUUGCACGGCAAGUGGUACCGGAGUGCCAAGUCUAGGUCCAAAAGACUUCUCAACAGCUUCUACCCCCAAGCCAUAAGACUCCUGAACAGCUAAUCAUGGCUACCCGGACUAUUUACACCCCCAGCCCAUAUUUUUACGCUGCUGCUACUCUGUUAAUUAUUUAUGCAUAGUCACUUUAACUCUACCCAUAUGUACAUAUUACCUCAACUACCUCAACUAGCCGGUGCCCCCGCACAUUGACUCUGCACCAGUACCCCACUGUAUAUAUAGCCUCCCUACUGUUAUUUUAUUUUACUUUUUUUCUCAACACUUUGUUGUUGUUGUUGUUUUAUUUUACUUUUUUUAUUAAGAAAUAAAUGCAUUGUUGGUUAAGGGCUGUAAGUAAGUAUUUCACGGUAAUGUCUACACCUGUUGUAUUCGGCGCAUGUGGCAAAUAAAAUUUGAUUUAAUUUGAAAAACAAGAAACAAACAACACAAAACACUCUAUAGUGAAUACACAUCUAUUACAGUGUAACCCUUCCUUCAACACAUUUCUCACAUUGCACCACUCCCCUCUACAGGACUCAUGUGAGAAGCCGGCAUAUUAUGAGAAGACGGUGACACUGUCCAAGGAGCCUCAUCACUCCCUGGGGAUGACGGUGGCAGGGGGCAUGUCCUCCCGCGGCUGGGAUCUCCCUGUCUAUGUCACUAACGUGGACCCCAACGGAGUGGUGGGACAGGAGGGAUCCAUCCGCAAAGGUACAGCCUGGUGAUAAACCUUCUACUGUACAUCACACACAGUCUCACACACACUCAAAGUCCCACACACACUUUGCCACACACACCCACAGAGUCCACCACACACUCAUACCAUAUACACUCACACACUCUCACUCAGGCAUAUGGUAGAUUAAAAUCCAAUGUUCCAAGAACGGAGUUUAGCUCAUAUUUCCUUGAAUUUCUCCAAUAUUGACAUGAUAGUUUAGUUUCUCUGUUCCGUGCAGUCCCUGCUGGUCUCCACGAUUCCAGCCUGCUGGUCUCCACGAUUCCAGAGUUGGUACUGCAGACAGGCUUCAUUUGUCAUGAGUUGUGCAUGUGACUUGUCCCUUGUGUAGAACAAACUGAUUGAGAUAAACAGUCAGACUCGUGUUUCAUUACCAAGGUUAUUUAUCCAACAGGAAACACAGAGGUAGUGCUGCGGUUCAGGGCUCGCCAAAUUGAGUCUAACACACAUACAUACAAACACACACACACACACACCAUGCUCAAAUUUGAUUAAGUAAGUUCCAGAGGAAAUGACAGGCUCCACUUUAUCAGCUCAUUAUACAAAAUCAGUCAGCUCUGAAAUAGACCAAACACAAACAGACGCACUCCCAAAAUGAUUGGAUACACUUGUGGCAGGCCUGUUAUGGCUACGUACUGCAGUGUGUGAAAGUAUAGGUGUGUUUGUGGGUGUGUGGGAUGUUGGAGCAUCUGAGGGAGCUCUCUGGUCCAGACCAGACAUCCAGAACCUCCUGCUGAUCCUAGGGAUCCACCUCAGAUAACCACAGUAUAGAGAGACCAGAUUUAAGAGAGACCAGAUUUAAGAGAGACCAGAUUUAGAGAGACCAGAUUUAACCCCGCUCUACCUGUCUGUCUGAACACACAAUCCCCUACAUCUGUGUGUGUGACUAGCUAGGUUUCCAUCCAAUUGGCGACAGAUCUUAAUGCGAAUAUUCUAAAAUCUGCGUAAAGAAAAUAUGUGCAUUUUCCCACCAGUGGUGUGUUUCCACCAAACUGACUUGUUGCAGAUAGAAGGUACGUGAUGACGUAGUGCACACAAAAUGUAAUUUCUCACUUGUGUUCAUGUACCGAAUAAAAAUCGGUGUGUUUCCAUCGCAUUUUAAACUCUACCUAUAGUUUUGUCAUACAAACUGUUGUGUUAAAUAGCAAAUGUGCAGACUCUGGUCUUGGCACACGUGCACUAGCCAACAGCUUGCAGAUACAGUGUAGGUAGGCUAGUCUACAUGAUGAGAUAAUUAUUGAUAAUAUUUGUAUUUGUCAAAUGGCAGUCAAGCAUUGAUCAUCAUGACACCAGAAUAAGACCCUAGGUAUUUAUUGGAAAGCAGCAUCAAGAUCAUCACCGUGCACUUUCACCAUCCUGUUUUUAUUUAACCUUUAUUUAACCAGGCAAGUCAAUUAAGAACAACUUCUUAUUUACAAUAACGCCCUGCAAGAGGCAAAAUGCCUCCUGUGGGGACAGGGGCAAAAAAAAUACAAUGUAAGACAAAACAGACAGACAGAAAACACUGGCAACAGCACAAAUACAACAGCAAACAAACUGUGGAUGUGUGUGACGUAAAACAACAUGCUUCCUUACAUAAGGCAACGCAAACUAGUGACAACUAGAAACAACUACAUGUCUCAAUAACCUGUUCAUCUAUUUGAACUCCUCCAGGGACCCCAGGUCCUGAAGUUUUAGGUUGGCUUGGAGGAAAUUCCAAGACCAGGGGGCUGAGUAAUGAAAGGACCUUUUUCCAUGCUCAGUUCUAACUUUCGGGACUCGUAGCAUAAAACUAGAUUGAGAUCUGAGCUUGUAUGUGUUUUCAUUUCGAGCUAGAAGAGAGAAUAGAUAAAAUGGAACUUUUCCUAAAAUGGCCUUAUAAAUAAGAACGUACCAGUGUUUGAGCCUGCGUGUUGCUAGGGAUGUCCACCCGACAGCACUGUAGAAAUCACAAUGGUGAGUUAGACGUCUCUGAUUGGUGACAAAACGAAGGGCUGCAUGAUACACAGUCAAGAGCCUUCAGUGUAGCUUGAAGUUUGCACAUAAAUAGUAUCACCAUAGUCCAACACAGAGAGAAAAGUACAACAAAUCAACUCCUUUCUGGCGGCAAAGGAAAAACAAGCUUUGUGCCGGUAAUAAAACCCAAUACGCAGCUUGAGUUUCCUGACAAGAUUCUCUACAUGGGUGGUGAAGCUUAACUUCUGAUCCACCCAAACGUUCAGAUAUUUGUAGGUUUUGACUUGCUCUACUGAAUGUCCUUCCAAGGUAGCAAUUACAUGGUUUUCAGAGUGUUUAGUAUUGGAAAAUACCAUGCAUUUUGUUUUAGAAUUCAGAACAAGCUUCAAAUUAUACAGAUUCUGUUGAUGUUAAAAGGUGUUUGAGCUUUUUCAAAAGCCAAAGUCAAACUGCUGCCACUUGAACAGGGCACAGUGUCAUCCGCAUAAAAAUGUACAUCAGCUGUCUCAAUAUAUCUCCCAAUGUUGGUGAUAUCAUUAACAGGGACCUAAAAUGUAUCCUUGCGGCACACCCGAGCACAACUCUACUGUGUCUGACUUAACACACUGGGUUCACUCCAGAGCAUAACCAGUAAUCCCAACACACUUCUAUCUUUGCACAAAGACAGUAUGGUUCACAGUGUCAAACGCCUUUGACAAGUCUAUGAAUACAUCCAGGGCACAUUGAACAUCAUUCAAAACCUUCAAAGUUGGGGUGUCCUGACAUGGCCAUACUCGUAUUUGUAAUCGUAUCCGUAAAUUGACAGUUGAUAGUCGGAUCGGAUGAUACUCGUGAUCGGAAAAAACUUAAACAUUUUAAUAUGCCUAAGUAGAUGUUGGCAAAAUACCUCCCUGCGCCAUUAUAGACCAAACAAGCUGCAGAUUAGGAGCCGCAGAGGUGUGUGUGUCCGACCUGUUUCUGUGUCCUCAACUUGCAGCGGGCAGACAAGUUUGCUAUCAGUCAGAAUGCACGUCGGCAUUUCAUCUUUUUUCCCUACCCUUGCCCUGAUUGUUAGAUAUUAUGAACAUUGAUAGCUUGAUAGCAAACUUCUUCCUUGCCAUUUGAUUUAUUAUAGUUGCAGGCUAGCAGGAGGCAGCAGCAGUCUGAAUGAUCAGACCGAAACAGAGAAGUGAAAGUGAUCGGGUGAAAUUAUGACGCGAGUGGACAGAUAAAUACAGCUUCACUCUAUCCAAUCAGAGCAGCAGGAUCAACGUACAGUCCGCCCUUCUCUUUACAGGCAGGCAAACUAGCCACUAGAGUUAUUUAGACCACGUAGCACCUCACUUGACUGACAUGAGAAAGACGCUUGCGUGCUGGCACCAGAAAAUCAGUGUUUCUCAGAUCACGGAUAAUUACAAAAAAUACUCUGAUCAUAAUCAUAUCCUGAAAAUUGCCCAUAUCCGUUACCAUACCCGUUUUGUCCGACUACUCGGCACACCUCUACCACACACCAUAUCAUCGUGUAACUCCAAGUUUACUUCGAUACGAUGGUUAUUAUAUAAUUAUUUGAGCUUCCACUGCCAUUCACACAUUAUUAAUUUUACGGACACCAAAAGAUGCCACCAUGUCGAACAAACAAAUUAUCUGUCAGCAUUUAUCAAAUUGUACUGAAACAAACCACAUUUUCAUCCAGUUUUGGGAUGGAAACAGGUUAUGUGUGAGGAGAGUGAUGAUGUCAGUCUGAUAUUCAGUGUGGUUAUCCCAUGACCUUCAUCAAAGGCAUGAUUCUGAGUGUAUUCCCAUGCAUAUCAGUUCUGUGAAUAUGUUUGUGUAUACAGCUGUCUACAUAAGAAUUAUCCCGAUUUUAACUGAGUAUCUGCAUAGUGCAUCCUAAUCAAAGGGGUGGAUGUCGUCCUUUGAGUAAGCCUCCUCUACAGAUGGCAGCUGGCUGUGCAGUGCUGUACUGUCCAAGCCCACCUUGAUUAUCUGGGAGGUAUUUCAUGUGCAGGUGGCUCUUUGUUCCCACUGCUUUGUGUUCCUGCGGGAGGUGAUUGAAUAUUCAAUAGGCAGACGGGAUGAGUCCUUGUCCCUGGGAAGUUUAGCUUUUGAAAGGUGUCAGAAUGGACAUUAGUCAGGGUAACAACACUGUGCUGAGUGGUGCCGUCUUCUGUCCUCCCAUCUCCCUGCAGGUGACAUCCUGCUGAACGUGAACGGGCUGGAUCUGACAGGGGUGACGCGGGGCGAGGCUGUGGCCAACCUGAAGAACACCACCUCCCCUGUGGUGCUCAAGGUCCUGGAGAUAAGGCCUCCAGAUGAAAUCCAGCAAGAGUGCCCCUCGCCCCCCUGCCUCUCGCCCUCGCCCACCAACAGCACCAAGCAGAGCCUCGCCACGCUGACACACACCGAUGACUACUCCCCAUUGUGGGUGUCAUGGCUGCAGUUGCCCAGGUAAGUGGCAGGACCCCUCCAGCUAGCCUUCUCUUAUCUCAGUCUCUCUCUCUCUCCUCCCCUCUCUGCCCUGACCAGCUGAGGCGUUGACAAGGGCCAACUGUGAGAGGAGGAGAGGAAGAAUGCUAAUUAUAUACACUACAUGCCAAGGUUUAGAACUCAGUCUGAACACGGUGGUACUGUUGCCCAGACACCAAUACUUGUUUGGCAUAUUCUUAAGCCCUGUUUGACAGACAAACAUACAGUGCCUUCAGAAAGUAUUCAUACCCCUUGACUUAAUCCACAUUUUGUUGUGUUACAGCCUGAUUUUUUUUUUUAAUGUCACCCAUCUACACACAAUACCCCAUAAAGACAAAAUGAAAAUAUGUUUUUAGAAAUGUUAGCAAAUUUAUUAAAAAAGAAAUAUAGAAAUGUUUUCACACCCCUUUGCUAUGACACUCUAAAUUGAGCUCAGGUGCAUCCAAUUACAACUUAAUUGGAGUCCACCUGUGGCCAAUUCAAUAGUUUGGACAUGAUUUAGAAAUAAACACACCGAUCUUUAUAAGGUCCCACAGUUGACAGUGCAUGUCAGGAUGCCCUGGUGACAGUUAGUACAGAGAUAGCCAAGGCCCUGACAAUAAAAGAGGUGAUGAGUGUUUUGUUUAUUUUGACAUUGAGAAAGCGGUUAACUGAUUAUGUGUCAGUGUAUGCGGCCGAGUUGAUGGCCAUGAUUAUAGGUUUGAGAUGGGUGGAGGAGGUGAAACCACUCAGAGUAUUGAUCUGCUCUGAUUCGGAAAGAUUUCUGGCUCCCAGGUGUCUUUUAUACAGGUAAUGAGCUGAGAUUAGGAGCACACUCUUAAAGGGAGUGCUCCUAAUGUCAGUUUGUUACCUGUAUAAAAGACACCUGUCCACAGAAGCAAUCAAUCAAUCAGAUUCCAAACUCUCCACCAUGGCCAAGACCAAAGAGCUCUCCAAGGAUGUCAGGGACAAGAUUGUAGACCUACACAAGGCUGGAAUGGGCUACAAGACCAUCGCCAAGCAGCUUGGUGAGAAGGUGACAACAGUUGGUGCGAUUAUUCGCAAAUGGAAGAAACACAAAAGAACUGUCAAUCUCCCUCGGCCUGGGGCUCCAUGCAUUCACCUAGUGGAAUUGCAAUGAUCAUGAGAAUGGUGAGGAAUCAGCCCAGAACUACAUGGGAGGAUCUUGUCAAUGAUCUCAAGGCAGCUGGGACCAUAGUCACCAAGAAAACAAUUGGUAACACACUACGCCGUGAAGGACUGAAAUCCUGCAGCGCCCGCAAGGUCCCCCUGCUCAAGAAAGCACAUAUACAUGCCCGUCUGAAGUUUGCCAAUGAACAAUUGAAUGAAUCAGAGGAGAACUGGGUGAAAGCGUUGUGGUCAGAUGAGACCAAAAUGGAGCUCUUUGGCAUCAACUUAACUCACCGUGUUUGGAGGAGGAGGAAUGCUGCCUAUGACCCCAAGAACACCAUCCCCACCGUCAAACAUGGAGGUGUUUUUCUGCUAAGGGGACAGGACAACUUCACCGCAUCAAAGGGAUGAUGGACGGGGCCAUGUACCGUCAAAUCUUGGGUGAGAACCUCCUUCCCUCAGCCAGGGCAUUGAAAAUGGGUCGUGGAUGGGUAUUCCAGCAUGACAAUGACCCAAAACACACGGCCAAGGCAACAAAGGAGUGGCUCAAGAAUAAGCACAUUAAGGUCCUGGAGUGGCCUAGCCAGUCUCCAGACUUUAAUCCCAUAGAAAAUCUGUGGAGGGAGCUGAAGGUUCGAGUUGCCAAACGUCAGGCUCGAAACCUUAAUGACUUGGAGAAGAUCUGCAAAGAGGAGUGGGACAAAAUCCCUCCUGAGAUGUGUGCAAACCUGGUGGCCAACUACAAGAAACGUCUGACCUCUGUGAUUGCCCACAAGGGUUUUGCAACCAAGUACUAAGUCAUGUUUUGCAGAGGGGUCAAAUACUUAUUUCCCUCAUUAAAAUGCAAAUCAAUUUAUAACAUUUUUGGACAUGCGUUUUUUUGUUGUUGUUAUUCUGUCUCUCACUAUUCAAAUAAACCUACCAUUAAAAUUAUAGACUGAUCAUUUCUUUGUCAGUGGGCAAACGUACAAAAUCAGCAGGGGAUCAAACACCUUUUUCCCUCACUAUAGGUAGGUCGUGACUGGCCUCACACUCCAGUACAGUAGGUGUCGGUGUAUGUACCUUAAAAAUUGGAUGUGAUCCACCGACCAAAUUCCAAAGAAGAAGAAGUGCACGUCAGAGCAGAAACUAUACUAUGAAGUCCAAGGAACUCUCAGUAUAUCUCAGAGAUAGAAUUGUGAUGAGGCAUAGAUCUGGGGAAGGGUAUAAAACAAUUUAUAUAGUGUUGAAAGUUACCAAGAGCACAGUGGUCUCCAUCAUUGGGAAAUUGAAAAAAUAUGGAACUACACACUGUCUAGAGCUGGUCGUCCGACCAAACUGAGCAACCGGGCAAGAAGGACCUUGGUCAGGGAGGUGACCAAGAACCCAAUGACCACUCUGACUGAACUACAGAGUUCCUUGGCCGAGAUGGGAGAACCUGCCAGAAGGACAACCGUCUCUACAGCACUUCACCAAUCUGGGCUUUAUGGGAGAGUGGCCAGAUGGAAGCCACUCCUGAGAAAAAGGCAUGACUGCACGCCUGUUGUUUGCAAAAAGGCACGUGAAAGACUCAGCGCACAAGACAAACGAUUCUGUGGUCUGAUGAGACAAAACUCUUUGGCCUGAAUGCAAAGCUCUAUGUCUGGAGAAAACCAGGCUAACACCAUCCCUACUGUGAAGCAUUGUGGUGGCAGCAUCAUGCUAUCGGGAUGCUUUUCAGAGGCAGGGACUGGGAGACUGGUAAGGGAACAAUAAAUGGAGCCAAAUACAGGAAAAUCCUAGAUGAGAACCUGCUUCAGAGUGCAAACGACCUUAGACUGGGGUGAAGAUUUACGUUCCAACAGGACAAUGACCCCAAGCAUACAGCCGAAACAACACUGGAAUGGCUUCAGAACAAGAAUGUGAAAGUCCUCGAGUGGCCUAGCCAAAGGCCAGACUUGAAUCCCAUUGAAAAUCUGUAGAAAGGCUUGAAGAUUGCUGUUCACUGCCGCUCCCCAUCGAAUUUAAGAAUUUGAGAAAAUCCCCAAAUCCAGAUGUGCGAAGUUGAUACAGACAUACCCAAGACGACUCAAAGCUGUAGUCGCCGCCAAAGGUGCUUCUACAAAGUAUUGACCCAGGGUUGUGAAUACUUAUGUAAAUGAGAUUUUUAUGUAUAACAUUUUCAAUAACUGUUCACAAAAAAUAUCUAAAUACAUGUUUUCUCUUUCAUUAUGGGGUAUUAUGUUUAGAUCGGUGAGAAAAAAAAUCUAUUGAAUCCAUUUUGAAUUCAGGUUGUAACAAAAUGUGGAAUAAGUCAAGGGGUAUGAAUACUUUCUGAAGGCACUGUACUUAAUGAGCUAAUGAACAUGUCUUGUUAUUUGAGUGAGGGCCUCAAUGAAAAGCACAGGCCAACAACUAAGGGAGGGUACAAAGACAUCUCAGGAUGUACAGGCCACAUUACAAGGCCAAUAUCGGAGAGAAGGGGAGAUGGAGGUUGAUGACAUAAUGAUGAAUAGACACUACUGUAUACAGCGUCAGGCCUUCUCUCCAUGGCCUUCAUUGUCUCUUGCUCAUCCUCAUCAUCACAUUCCAGUCUCAGACAUUGGUCACUCUGACACAUUCUCCACCACGUCCCCCUGUCAUCCCUCCCUCCUCCUUCUUUCUCCUCCUCAUGCUCAUUUAGGCAGCUUAGGAUAUGAGUAUGACAGUCACCGUUCCAACUUUAAAGGGAUUUGCUCAUGAGACAAGCCUUCCCAUCUCUCGCUCUCCUUCUCCUGGGGUGCGAUGUGUGGCAGAGGUGUUGGAUUGAGGUAUUAAUAAACCCCUCCAGAGGUCAGACUGGCAGAGCGAGGGGUAUUCCCGUUUCUCAUCAGAUCUGCCACUGCUGGUAUAAAACUGCUCUUACUGUAAAAAGUAAUAAUUCUGGAGUAGCUAAAACUCAAUUUCUCCCCAACCAGCAAAAUGUAUAAGAAAAGUGAAAACCAACUAGUGAAUCACCAUGGGAAUUCAGUCCAGACGGGUGACGGUUCUAACAGGAUUUGAAUGCAAUUUUCACUCACCUCUGGGCAGUGUGAGAGACUGAUACUAAAAUCGCUCCCUUCUCAGUACUGUAUUUUCACAGCUCUGCCUUACCUGUGGGGAAAAAUCAUUUCCCCAUUCUCGUUGGACAAUGGCCAAGCAGUUGUAUUUUCUGACAGACUUCCAUUGGACUCUGCAAUCUCACUGCUGCAUAUGUGCACACAGCACGGGCUGGGCACACAUGUGGAUGCUGGCAGCAGUCUAGAGAUUUCCUCAUCUCCCUUUUUGUCCUUUGCAGGCACCUGUACUGCUGCAAAGACAUUGUGCUGCGCCGGAGUGCCUCUGGCAGCCUAGGCUUCAGCAUCGUGGGGGGGCAGGAGGAGGUCAACUGCAAUCAGUCCUUCUUCAUCCGCUCCAUCUUGGAGGGCAUGCCAGCCUACAACGAUGGCAGGAUACGGUACAGACUACAAAACCUAGGACACACACUGGCCAAAGAACCUAUAGAACUGGCUAACGCAUGUCUGCUGAAUCUUCUAUUUUUCUGUGACAGAUUAUAUCCAGUAUUGACCUAAUCAUUACAGUAUUCUUGUAUUUACACAUUGCAAGCGUUGCUCUAUGGGCCUCCUGUACUUGACUGAGUCCAUCUCUAUGGUUGUUAAACUCUGCAUUAACCCCCCCUCUCUCACUCUCUGUGUGUAGGUGUGGGGACAUUCUGCUGGAGGUGAAUGGAAAGAGUACGUGGGGGAUGACACACACAGCCCUGGUGCGUCUGCUGAAGGAGCUGCGAGGCAGAAUCACCCUGACCAUCGUGUCCUGGCCAGGCAGCCUGUUGUAGCCCCGCUGCAGUCACGCAUCCAUGGGGAGGGGCCAACACUGACCAAGGAAUGUGGGCGGAGCUUUAGACUGGCUUACAACGCUGAGCCCUACCUUAUGGGACGGGGCUUACACUAGUGAUGUAGCUAUGGAAGGCGGACCUUAGAACCCUGACUCCCGAUGGACAGCUGAGAUUUUGCCAGGAGUUCAGAGGGGGCCAACCAACCAUGUGACAGGAGUUUGACCAAACCCCCCCAAAGACACUGAGCUGUGAGGAUGUGGAUCUGUGGCCCUACCCCUGGGAUAUAUGGAGCAAUCUGAUUGGAGGAGAGUCUUGUUCUCUGACACAGCAUCCAAUAAGGGGGGUGGGUGGUUGGGAGGGGAAACAAGUUGCCAAUUAGUUCUAUGUUAGAGUAUGCAUUUAAUUGGACUCGCAUUUCUAUACUGUAACUGUUGGAUGUCAAAAAAAAAAUACUGAUUCAAGUACUAUGUUUCUCUUUUCACGUUUGUUUGAUGGCCUUUGAAUAUAGGCUUCGUUACGUUUGUACUGACAGUGGCUUUAAUCUUCAUCUGUUGAGACUGAGGACACAUUGCCAAGUAGUUGUCUGUGUUGAGAUGUUUUCAGAAGCUGUUGCUAAAUUAUCAAACCACUGGCAAAAGUAUAGUAAAAAAUAAAGUAAAAAUGUGUUCAUAAUCUGUUAAAAGUAAUAUUAAGGUGAAAUCGUGGAGCCUUACGGAUUUUCCUACUUUUGAGAAGAAAAAAACUAACUGACUUGGUUUCUGUGUGUGUUUCCGUGGAUGAGUCUGGUCAAGGGCCAUCUAACGCAGUUCUCUCUCACGCUUCGGCCUGUGUAGUAUAUCUGAUGGUACCUUUGGUAAAAUAAUCAAUAAAGUCAUUUGAAAAGGACACUUGUCAGAGCUUUGGCAAGGGUUGGGGGUUUGGGUUCACGUUAAAUUACCUGGGAUAAGAUAUAUAUUUAACACAGCUCACUCAAAUUUGAACCAUUCAACUGAGGUCCAGUCAGCUCCUUUAUCCAAACAUAUCUCUUAAAUUAUAAAUAAAUGAAACAAACACGUCUCUCAGGUGAGUCAAAAUAUACAAGUUGUAUACAACGUAUACAUAAAACAAUGCUUUGGGUUUUUCACCUUCAAAGUGAACUGAAAUAUAUUAAUAGAGCAGUCCAGUCUCUGAUAUGUUAAACAAAAUGCCUGAGGGUCACACCGGGUCCUCCUAUUGGCUGGUGAGAGGGACAGAGAGUUACUCUGUGGGCUCUGAUUGGUUCUCCUGGUCAGCAGAGAGUUCCUGGCUGGGCUCCUUGUCCUCUCUGCUCCUCUUGACCUUCUUGUGUUUGUGUCUCCGAUGACUGUCCCCCUCCUCACUCUCAUGUCUCCUCCUGCUGCUACUGUUAACACAGACAGACAAUCACUGGUUACUUACACUGUCUACCUGAACAUGUCUGUGUCUACUGUGUGUCUACUAGAGUGUGUCUGUGUGGGUGUGUGUUGUACCUGCUUGAGGACUUGUGUCUCCCCUCCUCUUUGUCUCGGUGUCUCUUCUCUCGGUGUCUCUCUUCUUUCUCUCUGCUGGAUCUCUCGUGGUGGUGUCGCUCGUAUCCUCUCUCCCCAUAGUCCCUGUGCCGGUGCCGCUCCUCCUCACUGCAACAACUCACUGGUCAAUAACCACAAACACUGCUUCCUCACUGGACGUCGCUGAAACAUUGAGCCUUCUUAUUGGACAAUGGAUACUACAGUGGCAAAAAUGGUGAUAAGCUAAGUAACAUGAUUCUAUUGGCCCAUUUUCUCUGCUCUCUCCUCGUGUUUUGCAGGGUCGUUUCAGUAGAAAGGCUGGACCCAGACGAUAGCAGCACCUUUACCCAAAGCUCUGUUUGGCUUUAGUUUAAUAGCAUGGUGUGGUGCAGCCUUUGAGGAACACAAAGCCCACCCCUGUCCUCCUGUGACCUUUAGAUGAAAGCAUCCCCCCUCUCCUCUGGACUCAACAAACAGCUCCAUUAUUUACUGGAGGACUUCUGGUUCCACAGGGCCAUGCUCUUUCACACCAUCAUUCAUUAACUCACACCUUCCCUGCCCUCUCACGACCUUAGCGGUCUCUUUGUCACACAGCACACACGCAUCCAAACACACGGUGGAGGGGUAUUUGUUAUGCUGCAGAGCUGCAGGUAGGACACAGUGACAGCAGCUGAAACAGACAUGCACCUCCAGUCUUCUAAAGCAGGGGUAAAAAAAUAUAUAUAUGUCAAGGGCUGGGCGGUAUACCGUAUUUUACUAUAUAUCAGUAUUGAUGCAUGGACGGGUUUGAGUUUUUACUUUAAUUUCUAUAACAGUAUUUCAAUGUUGGGUUUGUUAGAUGUGAUAUCCAACUCCGGCGCGUAUAAUGUCUGUAUAUUCUACUUUGUCUUUUCUUAGAAAGGUGUUGCUACAAUAAUUUGUGUUAGCCGCUAAUGCUAAUUGCUAGUUGUCUGGCUAGGAGAGUUGGGCCAGUAACCGAAGGUUGCUGGAUCGAAUCCCCGAGCUGACAAGGUACAAAUCUGUAAUUCUGCCCCUGAGCAAGGCAGUUAACCCACUGUUCCCCGGGCGCCGAUGACGUGGAUGUUGAUUAAGGCAGCCCCCCGCACCUCUUUGAUUCAGAGGGGUUGGGUUAAAUGCGGAAGACACAUUUCAGUUGAAUGAAUUCAGUUGGUAUCCCCCUUUCCCUUAGCUAGCUUUGUAAAUGUAUGAAGAGUCAGAGCAAACGUAGCUAGCUAGCUAAUACUGCCUGCUACCAGUGCUGGUGUAGGCCUAGAUAAGCAUGUUUGUGCAACGGUAUCUUAUCAGAGGAAUAAGCGAAGGAUGAAUAUGUUAGCUAGCUACAUGUAGUAAGAAAACAUGUAAGGUAACAUCUAAUUAAGGUCACCUGGAAACACUGACCAACACUUUGAUUCCUACCCUGUCAAUAAUGCCGUUGUCAUGUCAAACAACAAUUUAUUUAAGGUGCUGCCCACUAUAUUCCAACUAUAGAAUUAGAAUAAUCAUUAUAUUUCCAUGAUUCCAACAGUUCACCAAUUAACUAGGCCUAUAUUUUUUGUCCAUAUCAUGCUGCGUGGCACAGUCUGGAAAUUAUAAUAAAAGUGCAGGAAAUGCAUAAAUUGAUAAAUGCUGAAAAUGUGUUUUGUUUGGAGUUGGAUUGAACAGUAUAAAUGGAGAAAGCCCCAUUGAAAUCACUUAUAAUUUGUGUUGCCACCCUAGGGUCAUGAACUACACAAAGCAUAUUUAGAACGUAUAUUAUUCAAAAACAUAAAAUACGGUCAAAAAUAUCGUGAUAUGAUAUUUUGUCCAUAUCGCCCAGCACUAUCAAAGACCCCAAAAUAUGAUUUAGCCCCUGGAAGAGGACCCCUUUAAAAAAAAAAAAAUCACAAGACAUCAUCUCACAUUUUCUGCUGAUCCCCUUAUGCCCCCUUCAGACCCGUUUGAAAAUCCCUGUCCUAAAGGGCUGAAAUCUCACAGAGCACAAGUGGUGGUUUCUAUAAUAAUGACUACAGAGAAGAGAAUACGCAUGUGUAUUGGAUUUCAAAAUAGAUGAGAGCAAGGAACUUUCAGUCCAUAGGACUACGUAGUAGUAACGUGUGAAGACGGGGUUGCAGUGUAUAGCUGCCGUUUUACAGGCUCCUGACAAAUUCUACUAUUUUGUGUGUUUUUUUCCCGCUGGUCUUAACUUUUUAGUACAUAAUAUUCCCGCCAUCAUUUCCUAUGACCGAAAACAGCUUCUGGACAUCAGAACAUAUAUCUACUUCAACGAGUCGGCAGCUGUGGAUGUACUGCUCACUCCGGCCCUAAUCCCCGGGACCCGAAAGAGGACGAGUAUAAACCCCCUCUACCCUCCGUUCAACUGGCGUACGUACAAUCACUAGAUAACAAAAUGGACAAGAUCCAUUCGAGAUGAUCCUAUCAACGGGACCUGAAGAACUGUAAUAUCCUAUGUUUCUCGGAGUUGUGGCUGAACAAGGACAUGGAUAAUGUACAUCUAGCUGGUUUUUCUAUGCACUAAGACCGCACUAAACGAGCUGUAUAGGGCCAUAAGCAAACAAGAAAAUGCACAUCCAGAGGCAGCGCUCCUAGAGGCCGGUGAUUUUAAUGCAGGGACUCCGAAAUCCGUCUUACCAGCAUGUCACCUGUGCAAUUAGAGGCGAUAAAGACUCUAGAUAACCUUUACUCCACACAAAGAAACGCAUACAAAGUUUUGGCAAAUCAGACCAUAACUCGAUCUUCAGAAUUCCUGCUUACAAACAAAAAUUCAAACAGGAAGUACCAGUGAAGCGCUCAAUACAGAAGUGGUCCGAUGAAACGGAUGUAUAUAUGUGGACACCUGCUCGUCGAACAUCUCAUUCCAAAAUCAUGGGCAUUCAUAUGGAGUUGGUCCCCCCUUUGCUGCUAUAACAGCCUCCACUUCUAGGAAGGCUUUCCACAAGAUGUUGGAAAAUUGCUGCGGGGACUUCCAUUCAGCCACAAGAGCAUUAGUGAGGUUGGGCACUGAUGUUGGGCGAUUAGGCCUGGCUCGCAGUCGGCGUUCCAAUUCAUCCCAAAGGUGUUUGAUGGGGUUGAGGUCAGGGCUCUGUACAGGCAAGUCAAGUUCUUCCACACCAAUCUCAACAAACCAUUUCUGUAUGGACCUCGCUUAAGAUAUCCCUUCACUGGAACUAAGGGGCCUAGCCCGAACCAUGAAAAACAGUGCCAGACAAUUAUUACUCCUCUACCAAACUUUACAGUUGGCACUAUGCAUUGGGGCAGGUAGCGUUCUCCUGGCAUCUGCUAAACCCAGAUUUGUCCGCCAGACUGCCAGAUGAUGAAGCGUGAUUCAUCACUCCAGAGAAUGAGUUGUCACUGCUCCAGAGUCCAAUGGCAGCAAGCUUUACACCACUCCAGCCUACGCUUAGCAUUACGCACAGUGAUCUUAGGCUUGUGUGGGGCUGCUUGGCCAUGGACACCCAUUUCAUGAAGCCCCUGACAAACUGUUAUUGUGCUGAAGUUGCUUCCAGAGGCAGUUUGGAACUCUGUAGUGAAUGUUGCAACCGAGGACAGAUUAUUUUUUAUAUGUUACGCGCUUCAGCACUCGGUGGUCCCGUUCUGUGAGCUUGUAUGGCCUACCACUUCGCGGCUGAGCCGUUGUUGCUGCUAGACGUUUCCACUUCACAAUAACAGCACUUACAGUUGACCGGGGAAGCUCUAGCAGGGCAGAAAUUUGACGAACUGACUUGUUGGAAAGGUGGCAUCCUAUGACAGUGCCACGUUGAAAGUCACUGAGCUCUUCAGUAAGACCAUUCUACUGCCAAUGUUUCUCUAUGGAGAUUGAAUGGCUGUGUGCUCGAUUUUUUACACCUGUCAGCAACAGAUGUGGCUGAAAUAGCCAAAUCCAGUAAUUUGAAGGGGUGUCCACAACUUGGUAUAUAUAGGUUAUUCUUGUCUGUGCUAGCGAAACAAUCCUGUAGCUUAGCAUCCGCUUCAUCGGACCACCUCCGUAUUGAGCGUGUCACUGGUACUUCCUGUUUGAGUUUUUGCUUGUAAGCAGGAAUUAGGAGGAUAGAGUAAUGGUCUGAUUUGCCAAUGAGAGGGCAACGGGGGGCCUUGUAUGCGUUUCUGUGUGUGGCGUAAACGUGAUCAAGAGUUUUGUGGCCUCUACUUGCACAGGUGACAUGCUGGUAAAACAUUUGUAAAACGGAUUUCAGUUUCCCUGCAUUAAAAUCACCGGCCACAAGAAAUGCUGCCUCUGGAUGUGCAUUUUCUUGUUUGCUUAUGGCCCUAUACAGCUCGUUGAGUGCGGUCUUAGUGCCAGCAUCGGUUUGUUGUGGUAAAUAGACUGCUAUGAAAAAUAUAGAUGAAAACUCUUGAUAAAUACACUGAACAAAAAUAUAAAACGCAACAUGCAACAAUUUCAAAGACUUGACUGAGUUACAGUUCAUAGAAGGAAAUCAGUCAAUUUAAAUAAAUAAAUUAGGCCCUAAUCUAUGGAUUGCACAUGACUGGGAAUACAGAUAUGCAUCUGUUGGUCAGAUAGAGGUAGGGGUGUGGAUCAGAAAACGAGUCAGUAUCUGGUGAGACCACCAUUUGCUCAUGCAGUGCAACAUCUCCUUCGCAUAGAGUUGAUCAGGCUGUUGAUUGUGGCCUGUGGAAUGUUGUCCCACUCCUCUUCAAUGGCUGUGUGAAGUUCCGGGAUAUUGGCGGGAACUGGAACAUGCUGUCGUACACAUCGAUCCAGAGCAUCCCAAACAAGUAACAUGUAUUUUGUUUAAAAGCUCUGACGAAGGCAAAGAGAACAAGAAACACUUUUCAAUGAGAAAGCAGAAAUCCACGUAACUUAUUUUUUACAUACAUUGGUUUUCUGACACGGCCAGUAAGACGGCUACUAUCCACUGCAGUGCUAUCUUACUAAAGUAUUAGCGAUACUAUCUUAGUCCUCGAUGCUCCGUUAUUAAAAUACAUGUUUUGUUCCAUGAAGUAAUCCAACAAUAUGUACGCCGCCAUCUUGUUUAUUUCAAGCCUUAAUAAUAAUAACAUAAUAUGCCAUUUAGCAGACACUUUUAUCCAAAGUGACUUACAGUCAUGUGUGCAUACAUUUUAACGUAUGGUUGGUCCCGGGGAUCGAACCCACUACCCUGGCGUUACAAGCGCCAUGCUCUACCAAAUGAGCUACAGAGGACCAAGUCUUCUCUCAUUGAUCGAGACAGGCGUCUGUCAUUAUGACAUGUGGCACUUUCGGGUGGACCCACCUGUCUCAAUCAAUUUGAAAAAGAUGGCAGUGUACCCAGUUGGAUUACUUCAUGUAUCAAAAUAGGGAUUUAUUUUAAUAAUGGAGCAUUUUCUAAAUUAAAACGGACCCCUUGCAACUGAACACAGAUAUUUUAUGAGACUCCUGUUUCCAUGAAUCGAGGACGAAGAUAGUAUCACCAAUACCAGGUUAGUUGAAACAUUUCUGCCAACGUUUUGUAUAGCCACACCUGUAACUACCAGUAUAAUGGUCCAACAUUUUUGGGUUAAAUCACAUCAUCUGGUGUUACAAUCUGUAGCUAGUAUUAAGAGUGAUUAAAGCCAAACCAGAGGUGCGUUGAACAAGGGAAAACGUUCGCUAAUGCUAGCUAACAUAUUAAAAAACAACUUGACAGAGAUAGAGAGAGAGCGAGAGAGAAUUGGAAAGGGCACUAGAACAGUCUGCAGCACCCGGCCUCACCCUACUUGAAUCUGAAGUUAGAUGUCUGCUGAUGAGCUGGUGCUUCUGUCCCCAACCAAGGAGGGCUGUGAACGAUCUGAGAUACAAGGCAAGAAGGGCCUUCUACCAGAGAGAGAGCGAGCUACGGUUAAAGGACUCAUUCAAUAUUUGGGCACUGGCAGUUAUUCUAUUACCAGUGGGAGUGCAGACCUGAGGGCCCAUUUACAGUCUUCCACAGUUGUUAGCACUAACACACUUAUACCCACUUCACACAGAGUCACUGUAACUGUGAAUGAAUAAGUGUGUGCUUCCUAGUGCAGGUUUAAUACAGGAACAAAUCUAUGCGUGAGAAUGAGCUAUGUAUCCCUGUAAGCCUGGGGAACAAGAAUGUGUUUCCAAAUUCAGUCUCCAUUAACACUGAACAGAUACAAACCACCUGUGUAGAUGUGUCAGAAAGAGAAAGUGUGUGUAAUAUUUACAUAUUGAUUACUAUUAUAACACUCAGAACACUAAUACAAUCCCUGUGUGUGUGUGUGUGUGUGUGUGUGUGUGUGUGUGUGUGUGUGUUGCCCUGCCAGCUGGAGAGAGGACAAUCCCAGCCCCUCCAUACUAGGCUACAGGGAUGAGAUGAGAUCACAUUCAGAGGACAAGUGUUCACCAAAUGGCCAACCAGCUACCCAGGGCUGUCUGCAUCAGGCAGAAGAGAGAGAGAGAAAAUGUGCUAGUGAGUGUAAAUGUGUGAGUGGUUGGUGUCUUUAGGAGGAGGUGAGUCUGACUGUUCUGUGUUGCAUUAGCUAGUGUUAGCCUAGGUGCUAACUCCCAAACAUGCCUGGCUGGUGGUCGUGCCAGAAGCUGGUGCCCAGAGAGGGCUGUCCCAGUCAGGCUGUGACUCAGAGUGUAUCAGUUGUGCUAAGCAGAGCCCUUAAAGAGCAGACUGCAGCCAGAACACAGACCACUGACACCACUAUGCAACCAGGGUGGCUAUAGGCCAGAAGGGAUGAGACUCUGCUGCCAACACACACACAGAAAAUACAUCACUCACUACUCAAAAUAAAUACCAUUGGCACACCUCCAUGUACCCAACAUACAUCAUACCAUGUGAUCAGAAUGCAGCGCGGGUGCACACACACACACCGGAGGUGUGAACACCCAGGGAGGGAGACAGGGAAACAGGAGCUCUCCAUUGGGACCAGAACAGGACCACAGUGGCUUUAAGAGCAGUUCUGUCUGUCUGUUCCAGUGGGCCUGUCACACAAAUGGCUGUCCCUCCCCGACUUCCUCCUCUCCUCUUGCGGUUACGUUACAGCCUCACAGCCCCUCUUCCCUCAUAUGACAUGAAACACAGCUCUCCCCCAUAUGAUCCAUCGCAUGACCUACUGCAGCAAAGAGUUGCGAACAGAAAGACACUAGAUUAAGAAGAACAUAACUAGUCAUAGUGUUUUUAGGAGGGAGAAUGACUGUGUGAAUGUGUAGGGAUUCUGUAAAGUAGGCACAUUGAGAUGGAGGGUUGGUAAUUUGUCUGAGUUUAUAUAAAUUAAUGAGACAUCUGGCUACUGGUCAACCUUAGUGUGCUGUGGAAAUGUAGGGCAGGUGAGUGUGUGUGUAGAUGGUCGACUCAGACUGUAGGGCAGUAGAGUAGAGCACUGAAAAUAGGAACUAGGUGAAAAUAGGAACUAGGAUCACAUGGGAGCUUGUCAUCAGCUGGCCAUCAGCAGAGAGCUACAGUACUGAGGGGACAGACAGGGCUCAUCUAGGAGAGAACAGCAGAGACCCUGCGUAGAUCUACCAGACUGGAAAACACUGGGACAUUUGGUUGAAAGAAUAUAACUUUCUCUAUGCCCUAGUUCAAAUAGCGUUCUAUCGCCGCACCGAACUAAAAAAAUAUGUAACUUUCUCUUUUGAAGAAUGUCUUUGGAAGAACGGCGAUAGAGUGCCAUCUGAAACAAGAGUGCGCCUCGUCUGACUAUGACGAUAGUUCGGCAGCCUCUGCCGCUCUUUCGGCGCGGUGCGGGUGAAGCACGUCUUUGUUUCAUGCAGUGCGCCAGAGCAGUUCUUCCACUGUCGGGAGAACUGGUAA